AUGUUCAAAGAGAAUAUUAUACAAUUGCUUGCAGUCCUCCAUGAAAUUGGUAAGAAUCUGGACCAAAAUGUUCAAACUGAUGUACUGUACUUAGACUUUGCGAAGGCUUUCUAUACCGUAGACCACCAGAUCCUUUUAAAAAAACUUAAACGUUUUGGUGUAGUAGACCGCAUGCAUGAUUGGUUCAAAGAUUAUUUGCAUCAACGAUUCCAACAAGUUGUUGUACACGGUGCAGUCUCCGACUGGGAACAUGUUACUUCGGGCGUUCCGCAAGGAAGUAUUUUGGGGCCUAUGCUAUUUGUAAUAUUCAUAAACGAUUUACCAGACGUUGUGCCAGAUUGUAUCUCUACAGGACUUUACGCAGAUGACACCAAACUGUAUAGGAACGUAUCAACUAUCGGUGACUGUGAGAAAUUACAAGACGCUUUAACAGAACUUAGUUCUUGGAGUUAUCAAAAUAACAUGAACUUUAAUGCGUCAAAGUGCAAAGUUCUGUCCAUAACACGCAAGGUCAAUCCAUUGCAUUUUCAAUACCAUAUGGAUUCUACCAAGUUACUUCGAGUAAACGAAGAAAAAGAUCUCGGGGUAAUCAUUACCGAGAAUUUGUCAUGGGAAUCACAUCUUACCUGCAUUUGUGCGAAAGCUAACAAAUUACUCGGUCUAUUAAAGCGAACAUGUAUUUCAAUUAUUGACAGUAGUGUUCGAAAGACUCUCUAUUUGACGUUGGUUAGGUCCAAGUUAAGUUAUGCGACUGAAGUUUGGUCUCCAGCAAGUUCCUUAUUGAAACAAAAGGCUGAGAAGAUUCAGAGACGUGCUACGAGAUGGAUCUUGCGCGUCAAAGCAGGUGAACUAUCCUACAAAGAGGGACUUCAGCAACUGGAUAUGCUCCCUCUUGCGUACGAUCGCGAGCUAGGUCAAAGACUUAGUAUAUUUUUAUAAGGCUGUGAACGGAUAUAUUGACUUUGAUGUCUCAAAUUUGAUAACUUUGUCAAUCAUGGACGGACACGUAGAGCAUUGAGAUCCAAAUACUUAGAAACUCCGUUGUGUAAAACUUGUACGUACAGUUCGUCGUUUUUUAAUCGUGUUGUCAAAUUAUGGAACAGUGUUUGUGUCUCGAUUGAUCCUUCCAGUUUUACAUCGCCAUCGUCUUUCAAACUAUACCUCAAGAUGAGGUUUUAGAAUAUUCUGGAAACAGUAUCUGAUCCGGACAUGACUUGCACCUGGUCACUUAAACGUGAUUGUGGUUGUCACAAAUAAUAAACUAACUUAACUAAUCAAAUUAAUGUGCAUGCAUAAUAUUAAUAUUUAUUAAGUAAAUAUGUUAUACAGGGUGCCCCAGAGGGGACCAAGGCUGUUGAGAUGCAUGGCGUGUUGCUUGGGAAUUGAAUUGCCUUAGCACUCUGCUGAACCCAUAAGUGCAUAAAAGCUUGACAAAAGUAAAUUUUACGAAUAAAGAAACUGUUUAAGAAGUUGCUUUAAAUUCCAAAGAGCAGAUAAUCGUGAGCUUACAAAGAUAUUUUAACUUCUUCAAUACUCAUAUUAUAUGCAUCAUGUCGAUCAUAUUUACGUAUCUUUGCGUUCAGUUGGUGCUGAGGCGUUCGGAUUCUGGCAGUGCGUUGUUUCAGUGGUUUUGUUUCUUUGGAACACCCUGUACAGUAUACUGUGAAUUAAAAUGUUUAUGUUAGGAAGAGGAGGGGCACCAUGCAAUGGACUUUACGUCCAGUUUGUGACUUGUCCGUUUGAGUACAGCUCUUUAAUUGUAUUUUAGAUGAAUAUUUGUUGAAUUAAUUUGUACUCAAUAAAGUUUAACAAACAAACAAACAUAUUUCAAAAGGGAACAACAAGGAAAGUAAGACCAAGAGCGAUUUAUAUGAUCCAACUUUCCCGGGACGAGAUAUGAGGCAGGAUAGAUCAUAACCAUUUUGUUGAAAUUUUGUUGAGCAACAACAUUCCAGUUUCUUUGAACGCCAUUUUCUAGUAUAUCUAGUGACUCAUCAUCUACCGUCCUUCGACAAAGCAGUAUCAUUUAGAAAGCCUUAGACAGAGAUCGAUAUACCUUAAUUGUGUACAAAAAGGUACAUGCCACAUUGCGAACUUGAAAAAUUGAAGAAUAUUGCACAUCUCCAUCUAUUGGUUGGUUUGACCACAUAACCACUAUCGUGCAGCAGAUGUCGUCAACCAGCAGCUAUCAGAGUGAGAAAAAGUUAAUUAUUUUUAUUAUCUGAAGUAGUCUCGUAUAUGGUGACCACAUAAAUAAAAUUGAAAAAUGCACUUCAAUUAUGUUAAUGCUCCUAUAAGGCUCGACAUUUCUGAGUUUAUUACCAUCAAUCUUAUGGCGCUUACUAAAUCCCCACCAGUUGAAAUUUGCAAUAGUUGAAUUUGCUAUGUUGGAGGAUUUAGAUAUGAUAUGACAUAUUCACAUCUACGUGACCAGAGGUGGAAAUUGUGUCCACCAUAUGGAAAAUCUCUGACCAAUCCGAAACAAGUGCAUUAUAUUUUCUUUUCUUGUAAUUUAAAUUUUAUAUCUGGCUAAGUGCAUUAUAUUUUCCUUUCUUGUAAUUUAAAUUUUAUAUCUGGCUAAGUGCAUUAUAUUUUCCUUUCUUGUAAUUUAAAUUUUAUAUCUAGCUAAGUGCAUUAUAUUUUCUUUACUUGUGAUUUUAAUUUUAUAUCUGGAUUGGUUUCUGAUUAAACAGUUGUUAUGUGUUGAAACCAAAACACGAUAAUCUUAUCCCGAAAAUGCUGAAAACGGUACUUUACCAAUUCUAUAAUUUUUUUUUGGGGGAAGGGGACCAUACGGCCGAACCCCCUAAAAUUGUGUUGUACUGCUAUGCAUAUAUCAUGCAUGCAUGCAUGCAUAUUAUAUUAUGUUUGAAUGGCAAUACAUGCAUAUUAUAUUAUGUUUGAAUGGUCUGCAGAUGGAAGAUCUUGAUAUUUACGCUGCCUUGUACCCAGGCGUCUCUUUGUAAAAAAACAGUGAUGCCCAUAUGACGUGUUUACAUGAAGUAUUGUAGUGGGGAGAGAUGGCGAAGGGGCUGAUGGGAAGAGUGCACUUGAACUGCGAGACGCCUGGCAGUUCUUGGUCGAUUUCUUGCAAAUUUGUACGAUUUCUUGCAAGUUGUGCUAUUUCGUUGUCGUUUACGAUUUUUUGCUACUUGUUUUUGUUGAAUUGACUAAUGUUAAUAUUCUUCUGUCAUCCGGGCGUGAAUUCAUGCUGUUAUUCUUGAUAUAUAUGACAUAUAUUUGCCCUUAAUUAAAGUCCAUGGAAAUUCCAAUAUUAACAUGUCAACAACCGAAGCGUUGAAGAACUAGACUUGCAGGAACUAGAUUUGUAAGCUAUAACUAUAUAAAGGUACAGACUAUAAAAUUGCACUAUUGUAAUAAAUAUUUCAAACUUUACGGCUGUGAACUUUUAUUUACUUGGGCUUUUGUUUACAGUAUACAUUUAAUAGAAAUUGCCAUUGGCAUUGUGAUCGACUGAUUGAGCUUUUAGCUAAAGAAGUUAUUAAUACAAAAGCAACUAUAUGACUUUCUAAUCAUUUCUCUGUUACUGUUUUACGCUAACUGAGCAACUGAUAGCAUUUUAUUAUUCUCGAUGUAAUAUCGAAUGACAUAUUCGAAAUAUUCGCACGGUUAACUUGUCAUGUUAUUUACUCAUAAUUUUUCGCGCAUUUUGCAUGUCAUCGAACAUCUACAAAUGUAUUAUUAUUUGCCAAUGGCGUUCAAUUCAACUUUUCAUCACAAAGUAAGGUUUUACACACAGAGUAUAUGACGAUAUGGUAACUUUUUGUAUAAAAUUCCCUGUUUUCCCGCCAUGACAGUAUACAAGAACUGCCAGGCUCUCCCCAGCACGCACCCUUCCCAACAGCCCCUUCGCGCGUCGGAAGCCUACCUGAAUACUUCAUGUAAGCGCCUGGGUACCAGGCAGAUAUUUACGCAUAUUAUAUUAUGUAUGGAUAGCCUCCGAGUUCAAUACAUUCGCAUAAUUUUAUUCCAAAUUUUAUUUGGAGUUACCAUUGUUAUGUAUUUCAUAAAAAUUCUCAGUGGUUCCUGCAAUUAUUGGAAUUAGGGCAGGGUAAAAUUGCUUCGGCUCCUGAGAUUUUUUGCCCUCCCCCUGCUCCGCCCCUUAUGUAGAAAUCCUCGCUAUACGUACGUUACUGCAUUUUGACGCAGGUUGUUGACAGACAAGACUGGCAAUGAGUCGAUUAUAUACCUUAAAUAGAAUCACAUUAGUACCAUCUAUAUAUACCAGCAAAAACUAGUCGCAACCUAUAAAAGUGACGGCUUACUGCAAACUAGUAAGCCGUCACUUUUGAGUCCAGGCCUUCUCUGUCAUAUUUUGGUGGCAAACUUGCAGCAGGUUGCAGCGAAUAUGUCUUCACUCGUGUGUUUCCUUUGAGAAAAUUUACCGAAUAUCGCCAGCGUAAAGAAAAGGAAAAUUACAUCAAGUGAAGUAUAUUUAGUGAAGCAAACAACACUUACAGUAUAAACAAAAUACCGUAAUUCUACUUCAUUUAAUUUUCUGUUUCGCUUUUGCCCUUUUCUUGUGUGGUUCGCUAUCCAGAAAAUGACGGACAUUCCUGGUUGCAUCGCGUCGGUAUAAGGCAAAUUGAAGAUAUUGUAUCUUGCGUUACCUCCAAAAUUUGUUACUUACCUCCCUCCGCACUUCCUUACCAAUCAAUGGUGUUUUCCAAAUCCCGACGCUAUGAUACAACAAAAUAAUAUGGUAAUGUUACCCAACAUUGAAUGAGAUGAGAUCGAAGUUUGUUACAAUUAUAGAAAUUAGACAUAAUAGAAAUUUUUUUUCGGAAAAUGCUACGAACAAAUAGACCGCUAAAAAAACACGAUCGGAAAUUGUGGCCACAAAUUUGCUCCUAAGAUGGAAAUUAAGCUCCGAAAAUUUUUAUCGAUUUUUACUAGAUUAUAGCCUACUUCGUCUUUUUAUUAAUUUCAUAUGAUCAUUUGGAUUCAUACUAUCUACGGACUAUCAACAUGCCGGUUUGCUCAAGAAAUACUAAUUUUUUCAAUGCGAAAUUGCUGGAAAUUACUUUAAUCGUUAUGAAUUUGGAUCGGGUGAAAGAUUAAUGCAUCGACCUUUGUCAUAUGUUACAUGGAUGUGUGGGAGAUUGCAUUCUCAUCAUUUGUAUGACGUAUAGUAUCCAACAUAAGCUCUGCCUUUAAAUUUAUCAUAUAAGUAAAAUAUUCCACAGAAAAAAUCCAGACAGCCAUAUGUAAUCGCGGCCAUGACUAUAUUUUAUCUCGGGUACGAAAUGAACGUUUUAAUAUUUACUAGUCUUAUUAAUAGAAGUUUUUCCAUAGACUAUAUGAUAGUACUUAUAUUAAUUCAUUUUGUAUUUUAAACAUAGCCUUGUAAACUGACACAUUUUGUUGCUCAUGCAGUAUGCAUGGCUUCACAAUAUCUAUAAAGCUGGUUGAUAGAUCAUUAUUAGGAGCCUUUUUUGAGGUCGAUACAAUUAUUCAUUCUUGAAUGUUCCCUAAUUAUUUCACAUUUUUUUAUUGCGUGUCAGAAAUGUUCGUAACUCAGUACUGUUUUUGUCAUCGGAUUUAUCGGUAUAAAGCAGUUAUAAGCUUCAUACACUUUUUAUAUCGAUAAAUUUUAACCCUUUAAUUAAUUUAAUCCCCUUUCCCUUUUCAUUUUCGAGCAUACUAAGACUGUUAAUCUUUUAUUAUAAUACAGAUAUUAUAAUACAAAUUAUGCAGACAAAAUAUUAGAUGCAUUUGCAUUAAAACAUAUUUUCAAGUAAACGUACCCAUGACUUACUUUUAAUUGAAAAAAAGAUUAUCAAAGUUAGCUUGGCUGCCAUAUUCAAAGUGAUCAUAAUGGCGAACAAGAAGAUGCGAUGACGAAAAUAACACCACUUGAAAAACGUUCUUAUUGUUAUUUUAGAAGGAAUGAAACAAGGACUAAGUGCUGAGGAUAAGUAGAAAAUGAGUUGGAGGCAAAGCAUGCGAAGGUUGAAAGAAUCUUUUAAUCUAAACGUUCUUGGAUGCUCCCAAAUCUUAUGUAAUUCUGUCCAAUUAUGCUUGUACUUUGAGUAGAAAUGUAUACUGAAACAACUAGACAACGAGGCCGAGUGGUCCAUGGCGAAUAGUGAACUCAGGCUUGUAGGCUACGCCAUCGUUGAAUAUUCGCGUCGUUGUCCAAUUGUUAAUUUGUCCAGUGUUACUACAUUUGGAGAAAAGUAAUCGGUUCAAUUCAGCCAACUCCGUUAUAAGUAAUACGUAAUAAACGAUAUACGUUAGAAAUAUAUUUUUUCUUGUGUUUUUCUAAGCAAUAUACUGAGACCCCGGCAGGAAACGACGUUCUAUGCAAGUCCAGGGAGCAAAGCCGUCCUCGGGAUUAGUGCCUAUGUGAUUAAUCUAUCGCCUUGUGAAUUGUAGAAUAUGGUAUAUAGAUAUUUGUUAUCAUUUUUUGGUAUUCGGCAUGGAAACGAAAUGUGUGUUCAAAACGAGGCGCGGGCUAGUUGUUUCGCGGUGUUGUAUAAACUGCUGUAUGAAAUGGACUUGUAUUACAAGAUAUAUUUAUGGCGUUAGAUGAGCUCAUUCAUGGGCGUUAAAUAUACCGGGGGUAUCAAGACAACGAUACGAUGUUGGCUUCCUUUGUGUUUUGCUCAUGAAUCAAUACUAGAUCCUGAGAUCCAGAGUCUUCAGAGAGUUUACUAAUGAGUUUGACAACAUUUGAAUACUUUCAAAACGAAGAGUUAUAUCACUACUACGCGGAAUAAAGCAAUGUUAUUUUGUGUGGAAUUGUCGAUAAAUACGACAUAAAAAUCAAAAGUUACACUACGUGUAACUUUCGUAUAAACAACUACCUCCUCCGCAGGCGCUUAGGGAGCAUUUCGGGCAGGUUCGGAAAAUGCGGGUCACAGGCGAGAGCGCCUGCCGAGUAAUGUUUUCAAGAUGGCGGGUGCUAUAAAUCGAAAUUUUCAUUUUGACUUUACUAAUUACUAUUAUGACUUAAUAUACAACAUACAUACCAGCACUGAUUUAAUAGAUCUAAAUAAUAUUUAGAAAUAGCAUCCAGUGGUCUUGGUAGACUAAAAAGUACUUAUAACAGGCCACCGCUUUUCGAUGCUGAUGGAGACUGUUUUAUAAAGUGUUUAUACAAUGCAAAUACAACAAUAACAACAUCAACGAUAUUACAUGCAUCUACAUAUUUUGCUACUAAGCCUAUGAUAAGCCAUUUCAAAUACUUUAGAUAUGAUUCAAACAUCAGUCUGCAUGAAACAGUAAAAGCACAAUUUGAAAGAUGGAUAUGGUGAAAAACUGAAAAUAUAUUUGCAUAUUAAAAAAUAUACAUUCACAAUGUAUUAAAAUAGAAGUAAUAUAGCGUCUCAUUGUUCGCUUGUUCUUUGUCUUUUGAGUGAUAAUAACACAAUGUCUGCAUGUAGAACUCCAUUACCACAAAAAUCUACAUACCAAGUCCAUUUCAAAAGACGAUAUAUUGAGAGUAUCGACAUCGCUGCCGUCGAACGACCAGCAUAACUUAUGUCAAUAUGUCAUAUGCCCAAAAAUACUGUUUCAUGUUUCAGCGGAUCAAAUUUCUUCAGAAUGUAAUUCGAAACAAAUCAGAAAGCCCAGAAGAUAAAAGACGUCAUGUCGCGGAUGGUGGGAUGUGGAUGAACAGCAGAUCUUGGUGCACUUUAAUUAAACUUAAAUAAUAUUUCUCUGUAUUUUCUGCGUUCUCGUAUAAAUAUGACGCCGGUCGUAUAUCGAUUUCUUUCUUUAUUUGCCGUAUUUCCAUUUGAUAUUUUUGUCAGCAAGUCCAGAAUUAAUCCAGCUUACGUGAGAAAUUAAUUUGAACUAAUGAUGGACGAAAUUUCAAAAAGAUUUUUUUGGAUUCCCGAUUCCUCUGUAUUUUCUGCAUUCUCGUCCAAAUAUGACGCCGGUCGUAUAUCGAUUUCUUUCUUUAUUUGCCGUAUUUCCAUUUGAUUUUUUGUCAGCAAGUCCAGAAUUAACCCAGCUUACGUGAUAAAUUAAUUUGAACUAAUGAUGGACGAAAUUUCAAAGAGAUUUUUUUGGAUUCCCGAUUUUCGACACAUAUUCCCGAUUUUCGACACAUUAUAUGGCAGGCCCUUCGCGCUUCGCUUCAAGUUCUAAAAGUGGCCCGCAAAAAUUUGCACCGCCCGCAAAUGUGCCCGGAAAAAGGGCCUGCGGAGGAGGUAGUAUAAACAAGCAGUGUUUGUGGCUCGUUCUCUAGUUAGAACAUGCAUGUAUUCUUUACAUUUAGUUUAUUGUGUGUCAUUGCUCUUAUCAACUAAUCACCGAACGUUUUCCAAGAUUGGUGAUGGCGCCAAGUAUCUGUAGUUUUUUUAGCUAGGAAAAUAAUUAACUUUUUACAUAUUAAGUAGAUGGCGUAUGAACUGGAAACACAAGCGUACUAGAAAAAAACAUGCAUGCAGGAAUCGUACGGUUACCCGCUAAGUUCGAUUAAUAAAUUGAUGAUUAUAAGCAUGCAUUAAUGGAUCAGGCCGUCAAGUUUAAUUUUGGUCUUCGUGGCACCAGCUACAUUAAAUGCAUAUGACAUGAAACAGCUAUGUUUGGCAGGCACUGAUCAGAAGAAAUGCUCAAAACUGAAACUGAAAUGAAUUAAUCUGCAUUUAUCGCAACAAUAAAGGCACAACAACACUACUUAUGUAUUCAAAGUCCCCCAUUAAUAAAUUAACGAUUAUAAUGAGGCGACAUUAAAUGCAUGACGCUUCAGUAGAAAAACAGGUCAUUAAGCAACUGAACAUACAACUAUAGAAGUAGGUGUUUGAUUUUCCACUGUGAUAAUUCUGGAAAGGGAUUCAAGAUAUAGGUACGUAUUUAGUGAAUAUACUACAGUAGUUGCAUGGAAUAAUGGCUGCAAGUGAAUAAUAGAACUUGAAUUGGAGUUUUCGAGACAAGAAUCCUUCGCUCAAAAUAUUAACGUUCUUGAUAUAUUUUUCAGGUAGCUUUAAACUGCAUGUAACAAUUACAUUGUAUUGUUCUCCGUUAAUUUGCUAACUAUACACUGGGACCACAUACUCAUUAUUUACUGAAAAUGCUAUUUAAAUGCUAUAAUUUUCUCGUUGCUGCUUAACAAGAAAAAAUUUUAUCUUCAUAAUUCUAGAGUAGCUGAUUAACACAUACCAUAUGAUAUUCGGAAAGAUAUUUUUUUCGCAAACGUUGUCGAUCGAGGGAUGCAUGCAUGUAUUACCGUGAAAAAGGCGGACGAGGAUGUUUUAAAAUUUUUGCAGGGGGAUUUUUCCGUGGAUUUUAAAAGACAUUUUGAAUCAAUUUUCGGGAUUCUGAUGCGAUUUAUGGAAUUAUGAAAAGGAUUUUGGAUGAGAUUACAGAAUUUCAGAGGAUAUUAUGGCAAUUUUAAGGAUAGUAAUAGGAAUUUUUCGACAAGUUUUGCCAGAUAUCGGGAUUUUGGAUUGAACAAUUUUUGUGGGAUUUCUCAGGAAGUGCAUGUAUAUACGAGGAUUUUUAAAAUAACACACCCCAGCUCUUUUCGAAGGUGGGCAAACAGGAAAAUAUUAUAGGAAAACUCAAAAGUGCGAACAUUUUUUGGUGAACGCCCUCAAAUCUCCCGAGAUGUUUUAUCUUUUCCAGCUCACCACAUCCUAGUUAGCUUUCUUUUUACCCUGCUCCCUGAUCAUAAUUCGUAAUAUACAGUCCUUAAUUAUAUAGGUUAAUAUGUUAAAUUGAAAACUUUAAUUGACUGUCAUCUUUUUUGCUUUUUGUGCAUUGAUAAUUAAGUUUCCUUAAAGGCAAAGUCCAAUAUGAGCUGGCGAUAAACAUCCUCUAAAAAAUAUGUAUAUAUAAAUACAUAUACGUAUACUUACAGGUGACAUGACGUAAUGGACAUAUUUUGGAGUUAUUUAUGAGCCCGGUUAGCCGUGAUGAGACGUAACAGAGCGAAAACUUGUUUACGAGUUAAUAUAGCGUAGGCCAAAGUCACGAAAGUCAAAUUCAUACUUUCUUGAACACAUCUUUUAUUAAAAACUAUUCUAUCAGCAAGACUAUAACUUCAGAAUGUUUUUGUUAAUCGAAGUUUUUGCAUGUACUAGCCCGCGGUUAUUCGAAUUUGAAUGCUGAAAUUUCAGCCUAGCUUAAGGUGGCUCCAUACACUUUUCAUCAUCGGGGGACUGGUACCUAAUGUUGAGUUUUCGCGCGAAAAUAAAUACAACUUUUUCAGUCUAAAAUCCGAAUCACAAGUCAUGUUUAUUUUGAUGUUUUGAGUCUUCCUUGUUCUCAUUUGUUCUCAAAGAACAAACUUCGUCCUGAUUUUGGCCUGGACACUGAAUAACUAGUCUUUUUAGAAGACAUUUCAAGGUAAAAAAUGCAAUGUUCAACGUUCAAACUCUUGUCAAAACCGGCGAUCGGCCCGACCGACGAAAAGAUUUUUACUCCAAUAUUUGGUGAUUUAUAAGUUCAUAUAUCCAGAGUUUUUUGUACUUACAACUGGUAAAUGUAUUCAAAGUGUUACUAACAGCAAAGGAAUUCAGUGAAACAGCAUCUUGCGCUGGUUCAAACUGUUUUAAAUUGUCAACAACAACAUGAAAACACACAAGUUUAUACGACUGUAAACGAAUAUAAAACUAUGUAGAAAAGCCAAAAAGUUCAUACAUGUCACACAUAUCUUAUACCAAACGACACAAUCACCUGUUUUCUUGGCGUUAUCCCGAGUUAGCAUGCAAAACUAAUGAUAUUUGCAUUUCUAAACAAGAAAACACAACAUAUAUUUGAUAUUUCGACGAGACUAAAAACUUUUUUGUGCGUGUUUUUCUGGAGAUGCGCCUGCGAAAACAUGUACGCGCAUGUCAAUUCAUUGAUCUUGCAGAGCUCGAAAAACUUUCGGCCGAGCGAGUGAGAUACCACAAUAAAACGGUGUAAUUCAAAAUUUUGCACGGUGACAUGUGAUGAAAUUUUGCACAACGAUAACUUCUUUUAAAACAAAUAGAAUAUCAAAAUUUUAAAAAAAAUCUGUAGAUUGGAAAACUCUAAAUCCGCAAUUUUUUAUUCUGGCUUUUCUAAUCUACAGAAUUUUUUUAUUUUCAGGGAUAAGAUUCAGCAUUAAAAGUGAAAGCUAUACAGCAGUUAAAAAUGGGGUGUCACCGGCAAUAUUCGGAAAAUAAAUAAUAAAAACCUGCUUAAAAUAGCAAAAAAUACCAUAUUUGGCGAUACUACUGUUACCAUGGAAACAAUAUUAUGUUCAAGAAUAUUGCAAAUUUUUUCUACCAAAUACUUAAUUUAUACUUGGGAAGGCUUAAAAUUAAUAGAUGAAGUGAUAAAAUUUAUAAAUUGAAAUUUUUACGCAAUAAGGUAUUUAUACUACGGAACUGCAUGGAGCCACCUUAAGUGAAAUGUGGUCCCAGCUAAACGGGCUAGUGGCUCGGUUGUCAUGUGAAGCGAAAUUUUUUUGUACAGGAAAUUAUUCCAAAGCCAUACGCUCCUUAAAACGAACUAGCCCGGCAAACCGGGAUGAUAUAAAAGCCCCGCUUAAAGAGAAACUACGGCAUUUAAAAGCUCAUUAUAGGACCGGCUGACUAAAACUGUAUCAUAACAAUUUUCUAAUGAACUAUACCCUUUUUGUGGUUAAAUUUAGUUAACUAUCAGGAAUCAGCACCAUUCCGAGAGCUGCAUGAACUUUUCCACAAACUAAGUAUAGUUAAUUUUAACUACCUCUUCUUAAAACCAGCUUCACCUUACUUCCUAAAUAUUAAAAAAAGAGCUAUUUAGAAAAGCCGUAAAAUGCAUAGGAAAUUUUCCCGCUUCCGUUCCCGCAUCGUGGCAACGGGUAUAUGGUAUUGUGUCACUUUAUUUCAGAAUUUUUGUGGAUGCCUGUAUAUGUCACUUCCAACUUUUGCAGUAUAGACCAUAGUCUAUCGCGAGAAAAACAAAACGUAUUGGCAGACCUGACUGGAAUGUGCAAAACAAUUGUAUAUGAUUGCAUUUUCUGAGAGAAGGCAUUAAUUUUGGCUUCAUAGCCGAACAUUUGAGAAUUUUGAAUUUUGCCUGUAAACUAUAACCCGUAAGAAAGUUCGCAAAAAUAUGUGUAUAAUAAUUAUAUAAACACUUAAGCGAAUUGUGCAUGGAUUUUUAAAGAUCAUUUUUCAAAGGAUGUUAUGGGAUUUUUGAAGUUAAUAGAAAUUCCAACUUUCUCGUCGAAUUCCAUAAACUCUAGUCAACUUUCAACGUGAGCUCAAUUUCAAUGAGAGUUGAUAAGAGUUUUUGCAUGUUUGCCACUUGUUAUAUUUACUCAACUCUCACGCAACCCUCACGCAACUUUUGUUCUUGUUUAACCAAUCAACUCCCAUCAACUCAUUUCCUCGUAUACCGGGACAUAACUUUCAGAAUGUUGACCGGUCAUCUAUAUUAGCAAAUAUGCAGACAUCGACGAAAAUCGUUAAAAAGAAUAACUUGUAUGUAUAAUAUCCGAAGCAUCUUAAUAACCUGUUUAAUUUACAAACUGCUGGGAUCUCGACAAGCGUGGGCUAGCUCCAUUCUUCAUAUGAACGCAAUAAAAAUUGUUUUUAUUAUAGUAAAAUAUUUGUAAUGAGCAAAUAAGGUUUAAAAAUGAUAAAAACUAAAGCCCCAGUCAAACUAGGAUGAUAUUUGAUGAGAGAGAUGAGAGUUCCAAAUUUCCCUCGCAUUUCACCGCCAAUUUUUAUCAAUUUACAUCAACUUUGCGCUGGCUCAAAGUUUGAUGAGAGUUUUAGCCCGUUUGCUAGUAUUAUCUCACCAACUUUCAUGCAACAUCUCGUUUGACCGAGGCAUGCAUGAGAGUUGACAAACUCGCAUGCAAUUAAACUUUCCCUUCUUUAUUGUCAUCAAUUAUCAUCCGCACUGGACUAGGGGUUAACAUAGAAAACAUUUCAUUUCAACAGGGCAAGUAGAAAGACGUUGGAAGUCAGCAGUCAUGAAUUCUGGUCAUAUACUGUUUGUCUAUCUGUUACUGCUGUGCGCACAGACCUGCAGUUCUCUGCACUCAAGUGCGUUGUUCAAAUUGUCCAUGUCAGGUAAGUGCUGCAAUGAAAUUAAAAUUUAGAAAGAAACCAAAACUAGGUCUCAAUACAGUUAGAAUUGGCGUUCAUAUGUCAGGGAAAGCUACAAAUAUAAAUGAAAAAAUAUCACCAGAAAAUUAGAUUAUAUCUCAGACCUAACCCAAAUUAAUUAGUUAUUGAAGGGCGAUUGGAUCUUGCAUUUAAUUGGUCCACUUAAGACGUUUUUAGAGCCUGUUCAAAAGUGGCGGUGGGGGAGAAGGGAGGGUAGAGCGCAAGAAGGUAAACGUUUUUGAAAUGGAAUGAAGUGAUAAAUGGCUUGGAGUGAAGCCCCAUGCACACAACAUAGUAUAAUUGAUUUCUUUGCAUCUAAGAGUCUGAAGAGACAUUCCUAUGAUAUUUGAACCUAAUUCAAACGCAUGUUUGUUGACGAUAUUGAGGUUAAUAUGUAGCACAGUAGUACAAGGUAUCUGGCCCGAGUGCCUGGUCAAUAGAUUAUGCAUGGUGUGCACAAAAAUUUAAUUUAAUUUUUUACUAUUUCCCAUUUAUGAUAAAAUUAAUCGUAUACGAAGCAGUUUCUAUUAGGCAAACAAUUAAAGAUACGAAAGGACCUCAAAUCAAUACUGGGAAUGAUGCAUGCGAGACACGACAAACAAUCUGGAUUUCGAAUUCAAGGAGCGAUUUUAUCUUCAUGCAUGGAAUGCAAAAAUGCUGGCAUUACUCCUUCCCCCAUCCAACAGCUCCGUUGUCUCUGUCCGGUUUUAAACCGGAACCUAAACUAAACAAACUGUAUUUAGCUGCAUGGAUAACUCUAUCAGAUCUAUAAAAGUCGAUUUUCCAGCUUUAUUGCAUGGAACAUAGGGAGAGCCAUGCGCUGUUCACACUUUGCACACGCGAUUGAGGUGAAUAUCAGAGUUUUCUCCCCAUUUUCCACUUGCAUCUCUGAUAUUUUCUUAAAUUUUUUUGUAGGUUACCGUCUAAGCGGCCAUGUAAUCAGUGAACACAACACACUGAAUUUCUUGGAAUGUUCUUUGUACUGUCUCAGAAAACCUUUUGACUGUAAAUCAAUCAAUUACAAAGCGAGAAAACAUCAACAUCCUUCUACCAACUGUCAGCUCAACAACGCCACGAAAACAAAACAUCCUCAGAAUUUCCAGGCUGAUAAAAACUAUGAUUAUUACGAACCUCUGCAUGGAAAAGGUAUUUUUUACAGAUUUUCUGUAAGCACGGAAAACAAAGUAAUAUAGGCAAGCAAUACAUUUUUAUGUUCGUUCACAAAUAAAACGAAGAUGUUGAUCAUGUAUCAACGAUUUUGCAAUGCAUGCAAACCCUUCGCAAAAUCGCAAGGCGAAAUAAGUCAUUAUUGGCCGAUGGUUCAUUCCAGUAAUUUGAGUGCAUUUUCAACCGUGUUUACCACAUACUAAACUCCGAUUAGGAGGCAAAAUGGAAGUUCUGUUUUCAUUUGCCAGACUAUACAUCAGCAUGUAAACCGGCUAAUGAGAAGAUCGACGAAUUCAAGUAUUAAAAAGUGGUUGAAAUUAAUACAUUGUUUUUAGGUGACCUGUUACUGGUUCUGGCUUAAUUAUGUAUUUCGAUCAGGAAAAAUGAACUACUUUCGAAAGCGUUAUAAAGUAAUUAUAUUGAUAGUGCGAAUAAUACUUAUUGCUCAUAACAUAACAUAACAUAACAUAUACAAAUAUUUCUUCACUCCUUGCCGUAAGCCGUUCCUACUCCCCCUAAGUUUGAGUUUGUUCAAAUUUGCAUGCGCGAGCCGGUAUGCGCAGUGCAAAUUUUUGUGUCGAUUUAUGGCAGGCAUCUCACCAAACUUUUCCCAACCGCUCGAUUCCUCGGGUGAGAUGCCUGCGGAGGAGGCUAGGUACUGUAUGUUAUUUUGCAUUUUGUGCAUGAGCAUUGCUUUAAUGUAAACUAUUUAAUCUGAAAAAUUUCGCAAAAUAUUUUGUAAUGUUCAUUCAACUAAAUUGCUUUUGCCGACAAACUGUUUUUACUUAAAUUAAUCAAAUUGUUGAGUAAUAUUUCAAUUUAGUCUACAAAUUAAUUUGCUAUCCUUUACAAUCUAUAACUAAAUUAAACAUGGUAAUUUAGAAAAUUUAAAGCAUUCAAGAGGAAAGCAAUGGAUGUUUUACGCCAAAAAUUGGAGAAACAGAAUUCAUAAACAUUAGUUAGUCUUUCGAAGGAACGUUGUCCUAUAGUACGAUUUUCCAUUGUAAAUAAUUCUGCUCAUUUCUUCAAACAACGUCGCGUCAAAGCUCAUUGUGUGAAACAAUUUUUCAAAUAUUUUGCCGAUGUCUAGGUAUCACGCUAAAGAUAGUCCAGUCGCGUAAUUCGUUCGAAUCCGUGCUCUACUGUGACUGAGAAAAUUUCUUAUCUGUGUCAAAGUCUUUUUUCAGAUAAAACUAAGAUACCUGCAGGCGUAUCCUGUCAUUUCUUGUAUUUAUAACAACAAAAAAAUUUCGAAAAAUAAAGAAGAAAUACUUCCACUGCUUGUCAAGCACUAUAUUGAAUUAUGUGGCCGUGCCAGAAAAAGCCUGGUGACAAGGUGCUCUAAAGUAUCUGAAAUAGCCUUAACCGCUCAUGAAACGACGAAAACCAUGAAUAAUAGUCACGAGCGUGAAAAUAGGGUGCGCGUGAAAAUAUCUCCGGGUGAAAAUAGUCGAUCGGAGUAAAUAUCCUAUCCCCGGGCUUACGCCCGGAACGGCGCUUUGCGCCGUUGGGUCGGGGACGAAUAUCUGAAAAUAUGUUGCUACCAUUUAUCUUUGUUGAAAAUUGUUAUAGAGAAGCUUAAAAUCCUGCGUGUUCAAAUGUUGAAAGUUUAUUGCAAAAAACUUAAUUUUUGGUUGAGUUGAUAAACAUUGUUUUUUUCUCUUCUUGUUUCUAGCCACUCCGUAUAAUAAAUUGAUAACUUAUUGACUUAACUCGUUCCGUCUGGAGAGUAGCUAGGGUAUUGAUAUCGUUCUUUAUUCGUUUGUAUAAUAUGCAUCUAUAUAUGCUACGGUUCGGCCCAUAUACAAAAGAAAACAGCAUGCACUCGACUAAUAUCCUGCAGUUCAGACAUCGAAAACUGUAAUCCUCUCCGUUAAAUCCGGCCUGGGCGCCUCGUUAUUUAAAUUAACUUUUUUUAAAUCUUGUAGUAGAAAGAGAUUCGUAAUCGGAAACUACGUUUAUGUUGAAUGGAAGCACAUAGGAUGCAGAAUAGCAUACCUACAUGAAAUAAAAUAAUUUAAAAGUAUAGAAUGAUCGUGUCACAAUGACUACCGCUUCACAUCAGCAGUGUUCAGUCACAGAUUGUCUAAUUUGAAAUUCUAAAUAAUAUUUAUGAUGUAAAGCAAAUAUGGGAAAUACAUGUAAAGACAUCAUGAUUGUUUUGUAAUCUAUUUUCACUGGCUGGAGGCAUCUAGUGUGUUGACACUGCAACGUCAUUCACAUUGUAUAAGGUGUUUGUUUCCAGUGAUCAUGGAUUUACAUGGUCUGUGCAUUAUGAAUAUAUAUAUAUAUAUAUAUAUAUAUAUAUAUAUAUAUAUAUAUAUAUAUAUAUUACUAAGAAAUCUAUAAUAGAAGAUUAUGCACGCGUUGAAGAAGCUCAAGAGACCUUCGAAUGAUAUUGUAUCUGUCUGUUGUGGAAUUAUAGUGUCAGUAUUGGAGUAUAUACGCCGGUAGUUUGUACCAACCUGCCCCAAAUACUUAGCGACGAUUUAGAAUAGGUUCGAAAACUCCAAUUGUCUAUAAUAUAGCCUACCUAUUUAAUUACAAUAAUGCGCUAAAUUUAGCUUGCUUUAUUCAAUCGCUCGACUACGUAUGAGAUGUAUAGUUUGCAAGAAAUUUGUGGAGCAAAUAUCUAAUCUGGAAAUGCACUUUACAUGCAUGGUAUUGCCGGAACAGCACGAUUAAAUCAGGGCUAUGAUCUUAUAUCUGAGAAUUUUCAGGAAAAUACAAAAGUGCGAACUGAUCGGCUCGCCAGAUCUAGCUGUUACGGUAAAAUAAGCGGACUGAAAUUGAGAAACCUAGUUUUACCAAUUGUAUUGUCUGAUAGUAAAGUUAACUGACUUUUAAUUAAUGUAUAAGUAGCAGAGUAUAUUUUAAAAUUCAGUGUAAUGUAUAUAACCUGUUAUUCAUGCAGUUCAUUAACUGCAAGAAGUUUUAAUAAACUGAUUAAUAAUAAUAAGUGAAAAACAAUUACAAAACCGUUGAAGAGAGUUCAAUGAUUUUCGAAAAAAUAAGAGAAAUCUAUUGUAAAUAAUUAAUUAAAUUAAUUGUCAGCCUGCUAGUUCGAGAAGUGUCUUUAGUCAAAAAUAUUUCAAUUUUCGAAAAUAGCACUUUAUAAGUAUAGAAGUUUCAAUUCACGUGAGUGUAGAACUACUCCACUGCUAUUCACGAGGAUCUUCUCAAAGAUGUCUCCCUUUCCCAUGCAAGUUAUCGUUUUGACUUGCUUCUUGUAUGGAUAUUUUAACAUUUUAGUAACCGAUCCGUUUUACGCCAACUUCACAAAUCUUGGAGCCAGUGGCCGUUUUGGUCCUACAUCACUUGGUUCUCACUAUGUGGGUAAAGACCAUGAUAACUGUUCAGAAUGGUAUACAGUAUUGGACAGUUCCCCACACUGGUACAUACGAAAUCAAAACAGUUGGUGCAGCUGGAGAGUACGAUACACAUGGAUCAGCAGCGCGAGGUCGGGGUGCUUACAUGAGAGGAGAAUUUGAACUGAACAAAGGAGAUGUGUUGAAAAUAUUGGUUGGACAAGAGGGUGGUAUAAAUUCUGCCAGCCAUUCAUCAGGAGGGGGUGGCGGAACAUUCGUAGCUACGUCAUCGAACACCCCGGUUAUUAUUGCUGGUGGUGGAGGUGGAAUUGAAAGUCUCCAAGCAAGGUUAACACGCUGUGAUGCAAGUACAGGAACAUCUGGAAGAAAAAAUCAGUGUAAAACCAGCUGUACUAUUUGGUCAGGUGGUGUUAACGGAAAAGGUACUUUGGUAGCAGAUACUGACAACUCAGGUGAGCUUUCUUUCAUGCUUAAAUGACCUAAAAUUAUCCUAUUAUUCUAAGGUUAUUCAAGGUGUUAUAAAAUGUUUGCGAUGUUACUCUGAGUGUGCAUCCACGACGGGCUAGCUGAAAAGUUUGCAAGACCACGCGGUGGGAACCCGCGACCUUUAAAGGACUAGACCAAAGCGCUGCCAACUGAGCUACAAGGUCAAGUUGACUCGAGUUGGUAGUAUUUCGGAAAAGAGUCUAGUUUCUUCGACAUCAAUCUAUUCUAAAAUAUGAUGAUAUCUAUCUGUGAUAGUUGACUAGUAUCACAAACGUUACGGGUUCGAUUCUCACCGUAGUAAGACAAACUGUUCAGCUUGCCCGGUGUGGAUGCACACUCAGAGUACCAUAACCAACAUCAUAUUCACUUGAGAACAUGACACGAACAAACACAGAAACCAUCAAGGUUUCGAGGCAUAUUACAGCCACGAACAUCGUAGUUCGGCAAGCUUUCUUCAAUGCAUCAGUGUAUAGCCGUUAGUUAGCUUUUGAUAGUUAUAAUUAAGAUACAUGGUGCUAUUACUGCAAGUAAUUUCAAGGACGGUACAAUGGGCACUAUAUGGUGUUAUUGCAUUAACAUAAUUUUGUGCCAAAACAUCCAUAACAGAAGAGGAUCCCCUGCCAAUUUAAAAAUGACGGGAGGAUAGAUUACAACUUUACUAGUUUGUUAUCCUGGCCUAGCUGAGGCCCUUACUUGACUAGGAUUCGCCUAUUUGAGCCGCGGGGGCCCAAAAAGUUGCGCUACUGUGUUAUUGGAACAUUUGCCCGGCAUAUUCUGUAGUAACACCAAAUAUUUUAAGUUUAUAGCUUACUAGACUUCCAUUUUGUAGUGGUGAUAAUUCUAAAUUGAAAACUGAUCUUUAACACGAUUCUUUUAUUAUGAAUAUUCUUACAAAUGAAAAAUCCACUAAAAAUAUCACUUUUAAUUACAAAAUCAUUAAUUCCCCAGAUAUAUUACAUAUAUAUGUUAGGUAUUUUAUUUAUUUUAUUUUUAUUUUAUUUUACAAGAUUCGCCGCACCAAACAAAUAUUGAACUUAUUCAAAUAUCUACGAGUGCAUUUGCUGGGACUGACCACAGAGAUAAACUCCAAUAACUGGGUUCCGACAAAAAAGACAAUUUACUAUACAUGCACAAAAACAUUAAUUGGCUUUCGCCAAACUGUCAACAACAUGAUCUGAAAGAUAAAUAUUGAAUAGAACUAGUAGAGUGGCAUUUGACGCACACCGAUUUAAAGAUUCUAGGAUUGUCUGGGUUGUAGACGUGUUUGAGAAGGUUAAAGUAGUAUCUAAGUAGUAAACUUUUAAAGGAAGCUGUAGAUCUUGUAGUGUCUCUGAGGAUAUCGGAUAGAAGGUUCCAAACGCUGGGUGCUCUUACGUAAAAACUGUUUUGAAAGCUAACAGUCUUGGAUUUAGGUACAUUUAGUAGAAUACCAUUGUCGGAAUUAGAGUUUCUGGUUCUACAAUUAGAAACCCGUAUUGAGAUAUUUGUAUCAGAGUCAUUAACAACACAGUUGUAGAGAUAAAGUAAAUCUUUCUAGCAGUGGCGUGCUGGCAGGGGGGGGGGGCGGGGGACCACCCCCCCCCCAGCUGGCAAUUCAUGGGGGGGGGGCGCAAAAAUGAAAAGGGGGCGCCGAAUUUUGGAAGUGGGUCGGGAAAAACGCAUUCUCGAAAAAAUAUAGUUGCUUCCGCCAAGAAAAAAUGUGUGUUAUAGGCUAUAAAACAAACUAUAAAAGCGCAUAGGUGACAAAGUUGUAUAUUAAAUCACAAACUAUUUUGCCUAACCGUAUUAGCUUAUUUGCUACUUCACAGCUCACACGAAAUCGUUCAUAUAGAAACAUGAUCAGUGAUCACAGGCAAUGUUUCAUUACCAGAAUAUUGGUCAGGUUUCGAAGCGAUCACGGGAAUUAUGCCAUUUUUUGCUGGUAUUAGGCCCUUAUAUUAUGCCUUUUAUUAUGCUUCACGAAUCACGAAAGCGGCGCAAAUUAGAUAGUUGAAGUUAUGAUAACUGAUGUAAAGUUGUGUACGCAGUUUAGUUGUUUGCGCAAGAAACAUUACUUGAGUAAUGUGAGUAAUGAAAUAAUGCUGAAACACGCCCUUUUGGCAGCCAGGCAAGGAAACCUUAAAAUGCAUAUAUGCGUCGGGUCCGUGUGUUAUUGUAUAAAAGAGCUGUAAGUUGUAAAUGUAUUCAGAACACUAGAUCAGUAGAGAAUAGAAUUGGGAUUAGAUUAAUCGCUGGAAGACUUAGCAUUGCAUAAUUUAAGUACUACUACUAAAAUCUAACCAAAUUGCAAAUUUCGACACGUUAUAAUGCCGUUUCCUGACCAUCAGAUUUCUGUCAAAUCUUUCCCCUAAGUCCAGGAAAUGGCAUUUCAGAGACUCUAAAUUCAAAAAUUUUUCUGGGGGGGCAUGCCCCUGGACCCCCCUAGACAAACCUCGCACAUGCGGCGGUCGGCUCGUGCCUUCUGCCCUCGUUUAUCAAGCGUAACAUUAUAGGGGCGCAUAUUGGUUGACAGCCCAGUGGCCCCUCCAGAAAAAUAUUACGCAGCACGCCACUGCUUUCAAGAAACUCGAGCCAAUAGCAGAUUGGAAGAAUACCGAUAGACUGGAGACGGUCUUUGUACAAAACGUCUGAUCUAUAAGGGAGGGAAAGGAUUAAUUUGGUGGUACGGUGUUGGACGCUUCCAUUGUAGCGAUGUUAGUUACUGUUUGGGGUGCCCACACUUGACUGGCAUACCCCAAUUUGCUUCUAACCAAAGACAGAUAAAGAAUCUUGCGGGCUUGGAUGUUGUUGAUGUCAGAGGCUGAUCGUCGGAUGAAGCCAAGCAUCAUGUUUGCCUUUAAUACCGUGCCAUGAACUUGCUUGUUCCAUUUCAGGUCGUUGGAAAUAAUGAUCCCGAGAUCUUUCUGGGUAAUUAAUAACUUAAGCGAAGUAUCAAUAAGCUGAUAUUCUGCAAUGAUUGGUUGACGACUUCUAGUAAUGCUAAGAACCCCGCACUUGGAUUGAUUCAAGUCCAUCCUCCAAUCGUUGCACCAUGUCACAAGUUUAUUUAGAUCAUUUUGCAGACUUUCGCAGUCAGCUAACUUGUUCACGGGACGGUAACACCUCGUGUCGUCGGCGAACAUAGCCACAGACGAUUGGGUUGAAAUUAAAUCAGGAAGACCGUUCACAAAUACCAGAAACAGUAGGGGUCCUAAAAUUGAACCUUGGGGAAACUCCAGAUAGAACAGGGAGUGUAUGGGACGACUCACCGAGAACUGUUACUCUUUGGUAGCGUCCUGAGAGGUAGUCUUUGAACCAUAGCAGAAGAUCACCUUAUAUUCCAAACCUCUGGAGUUUAACUAACAGAAGGUUAUGGCUGACCUUAUCAAAUGCUUUUGCGAAGUCCAGGUAAACCGAGUCGACUUGGCUUCGGUUUUCUAACGACUUAUUUAUAUCAUGAAGAACGCGCAGAAGCUGAGAGGUGGUAGACUUGCCUUCGAGAAAACCAAAUUGUAGAUGGUGAAGUUGACUGGAGACAUGAUAUAUAAGUUGGUUAUAGACGCAACGUUCAAAAACUUUAAAGACCAAAGACAAGAGAAAUAUUGGUCUGUAAUUUGAUACUUUGUUAGCAGGGCCUUUCUUGGGAAUUGGAAUUAUGUUUGAAAGUUUCCACUCGCACGGUAGUUUACCUAUGGACAAGCUUUUGUUGAAUAAGUCACAUAAAGACGAACAAACGCUCGAUGUACAGAUCUUCAACAAUUUGGCAGGAAUUUUCUCCGGUCCAGUCGCUUUGUUUUCAUCAAGAGCUGCAAGAACGUAGUAGACCUCCUCGGAUGUUAGCGUGAUGUUGGAGAUUGCAUCCGAUUUAGUGAUGGAGUCGUCUUUCGAGUUGGAAAGUGUAUGUUCAUCAUUAUUACUAUGAGAAGGUUGGAAAACGAAGCAGAAAUAGCGAUUUAGUAGAUUGGCGAUGUCGGCUGGGUUGUUGGCUGUAUAGGUUACUCCAUCAUGAUCAGACCAAGUCAUUUUGUUGGGAACGCUUGAGGUCUUAUGAACGGACUUAAACACUGACCAAAACUUCUUGCUACUUGACUUCAAUAAGGCGGUCAUGGAUUCAAAAGACUGUUUCUGUUUGUUGGUGAUGACGUAUUUUGUUACUCGUCGUAACUCUCGAUACUUUUCCCAAAGCUUGGAGCACAACCUACGCUUAGCAUUUCGUCGGAACCAGUUUUCUUUGAUUGAGUACAUGUUUUACUUCACCGUCAAACCAGGGGGGAGUGCCACGUCUUUUAAAUGACUUUUGUGGAAUGUGUUAGCAGCCGCACCGAGAAUAAGCCUUUCCAUUGUAGCAAAUCACUGAAAUCAGCAUUGAUAUUGUCAGAGGUGGUGUCAGGGGAAAGAUCAAGAUGGUUUAGUGACUCAUGCAGAGAAUCCCAGUCAGGGAGGUGAAAGUCGAAUACAGUUCUUUUGUCGUAUCCAGUUGACUUUAAAUUAUGUAAAAUGUCAAAGAAUAAAAGAUGGUGGUCAUUCGAGAUAUCUAUUGUAGGUGGUGAGAUGCACGAAAGGUUGACAAUGUUUUCAGGAGUAGUUGUUAAGACAAGGUCUAGAAUAUUGUUCAAUCUGGAAUAUUGUUCAAUAUUACGUAUGUUAUUAUUCAAUAAAUAUUGUUCAAUCUAUUGUUCAAUCUUUAUCAAUUUAGAAUAUUGUUCAAUAUUACGUAUAUUAUUAUACGUAAUAUAAUCUUAAAUUUAAGGUAAAAUUCAACAACAAACGCUUCCCAAAUCGAUUUAAAAUAUUAUUAGAGACCUUAAUAUAUAUAUUAUAAAAUUUCAUACUUGGACUGCUACGAGGCCUUGUAGUCGUUGCAGCAUGAAAUUUAUACCGGCGCCAAACGUCAACUUGAAACGCGAAAUCUUGAUUUACUGCUUUGGGGAAUGCAUGACUAGUCGUUAAUUUGCUUUCUUAAAUCAUUGCUAAUUACCACCAGACUUAGUUUAAUAAUUGUUUAAUAUCUUUCAAAACUGAUGAAAAGCGGUUACAAUAUACUUGUAAAAUCAAAAACUUCGUUAGCGGUUUGAGGUUUGCCGUAAACGUCAAGCUUAAGGACUCUAUUUAUAAAACUGUAACCUGCCUUUAUCGAUAGACCAGCUUUUAAAGCAAUAUUCAUGGCAAUCCGCAGUGAGGAUGACCACCCACACAAAAAACGCACGGUAUCCCACGCCCGCAAUCAUUGAUAAAUUUAGACUUUGCUAAUGCUUAGCAGCUGAACCAUAGAUAUAGGAGACCUAGAUUGCUGACUCGGCUGAAGAGGCGCGCCAAAUUUGAAAAUCCAAGAUAGAGCCCAACCGGUCAAAAAUCAUAGAGCGACAUAGGGAAAGUACAGUUAUCGAUAGUUUUCUUAACUUUUGUGUCUUAAAUUCGGUAUUCGACAGUUUUUCAAGAAAUGUUCACACGCCUUCCCGGUUUAAAUGAUAAUUUUUAAUUUAAAUUAUGUUUCUUUUUAUAUCUUAAAUGUUUGAAAACUUUUUAUUAAUGUCUUAACUACAAGUCUAGUUUUGUUUCAAUUAUCUUAAAUAAUCCCCGAGCUGGGCGUUAGCCCGGGGCGAGGGUACUAAUUUCGCUCGUCUAUAUACACCCGGGGAAAGAAACGCAUUAGCGAAGUCUAAAGUUCCUCAAUGAUCGCGGGCGCGUGAAAAUGGUUCAUUUUAUGAUUAUAUUUUUUGCACUUAUGCAGGUACGGGCAUGCGAUUAGAAUGCUUUGUCAAUAAAAUUAAUCGUUCUGUUUAGAAGAAAAUAUAAAGUUCCGUUUAGAAAACCAAUUAAAAUAUAAUUAGAAAAUUUUAAUAUGCAAACUUUCAUUGAAACUCGCUCACCAAAAAUAUUUUUAUUAUGACGCUACAUACUUAUAGGUGGUGGUGGAUUCUAUAGCAAUGGACGCAGCAGUAAACACUUUGGUGGAGCUUAUGGAGAUGGAGGAGAAGGAGGAAGAGGAUUUGUUCAAGGUGGAGCAGGUGGUCGUGCGAGGCUAUAUAAUGUUGUCGGAGGAUUUGGGGGAGGUGGCGGUGCGUACGGAGCUGGAGGAGGCGCCGGAGGAGGAGGAGGAUAUUCUGGAGGAGCAUCCGGUGAUACUAACCAGGGUUCAUGUGGAGGAGGAGGCGGAUCUUUCAAUAGUGGGAAGAAUCAACUGAAAAUUGAAGGAUUUCUUGGCCGUGGCCAUGGUUAUGUCGAAAUAAAACUUUCGGCUUAAAAUUACAUGACGCAUCUUGCAAUGCACAUUUUAAUGUUACCAUAUAUGGUCAUCUUUUCAUUAUAUUCUUCGUCUUGUUUAAUCUAAUUAUGUAAGUAGUUGAUAAUUCAAGAACAUCUUGAUUAUUCUUUCAAUAGAGAUUCGUUGUGUUCAGCAAAAUUAAAGGUAUACAUUAUAUCCAAUGUUUUGUUUUAAUUUUUUUUCUCAGAUAUGUUUCAGAAUUUGCAUAGAGGAUUUUGUAUAGUUAUGCGUCUAUACAAGAGUAAAGCAAUAAUUUUAUCAAAAGUUCUGAAUGGUAAAAAUACGCGUUGCGAGUAGUGGUGAACAGGGAUAAGCAAUAGUGAACAAUGUAUACAAAUAUAUAUACUUGUGGAUGCACAGGGGCUAACAACAGAAAAAUGAUCGUAUACGCUGAAAUGGGAAAUAGCGCUUCUUUCAUGUUGAUUGCGCGGUGAUUCAAGGUUAUGUUCAGUUGAUAUGAGAUCUUAUGCGAAAUUGUUAGUUCAUUGAAUAAUCAACCUGGUCAUUUUCUAUGGGGACUUUACCAAUUAUCCCUGUCGUUGUUUAGAUUAUUCUUUUUUGUAAAGAACCGACUUAAAAUCGGGAAGGUUGUUUAAAUUGCCAUUCGGUAUUCAAAUUAAUAUUGUUGUUUCGCUUUUUUGAUUGGCUAAUGUGCAUUGCGAAACGAGUUCUCGUAUAAGUAAAUUUAUUCAGAAAAUGCAUGUUCUUAUUUUCAGAAAUUAAUUACUUAUUUUAAUUUCAUUAUCACUUAAAACAAGAAAAAUUUUACUUGUCCGUUUGGUGAGAAUGUUUUUAGUAAUUCAUGCACUUACCAAGAACAGGUUAAAAUUCUUAACAAGAAUAUUUUCAUCGGUAAUGUCUAAAGAAACCUACAGGUUGCUUCUGAAAUGAAUAGUUUUGUGCAGGAUCAUACUUUGCGUACAUACAGUAUAUACACUGUAUGCUAUUGUUUUAUUUUAUGGAUUGGGAACAGCGACAAACAGAGCCGUAUACACAGGAUUUUCGCAACGGGAACAGUAACCUAUACUGAAAUAAGAACCCCAAUGUGAAUGCAUUCAUUAUGUCAAACCCCAAUGUCAAUGCCAUAUCAGUUAGACGUAUUAAGGUUUUGUGGCUGUCUCAUAUGCAUACAGAAUCAUUACAGAAUCAUACAUUCUGAUUCACACGAUUAUAACCGCGAUUUGGCUUAAUAAUUUAUUAUAACAUAAAAUUAGUAAGUUAAAUUCCUCCCCUCUCCCCCCCCCCCCCCUCCCAUCCCCCGCUUUUUUCGUACCGCCAUGGCAACAAAUAACCAUAAUCAGAUUAAAGAAACAACGAUUCUUAAUACUCGGAUUAUAAAAUGGCCACCAGCAAGAACUGCAUUGUUGCAAGUGCACCGAUCUGUUAGUUAUUAAAACUUUCCUCCAGGUACAAUCCAAUUAAUUUUGAUGCGUGUGCCGAACAAUUAAAAUUGAAGUUAAAUAAAAUUUAUUCAUGUAAAAAUUCUUACAAUAUAUUUAUACUUUACGUUUUCUAUACUUGUAAGGAUGAUUAUCUUGUUUGAUAAGGAUGAUUAUUUCGUUUUAUUUUUAACAUUCCACAUCUCGUGCAAUAUCAUUAACAUUCAAAUCCUAUCUGCAUAGACAGGCAGUUUCUCUUCAUUCAACAGGAAUAAGGAAUUAUGAAUAUUCUCAUGAUUUGGCGUGCUCAUGCAAUUGAGUUAUCGCGCAUGGACACGGAAAGAUGGGAAGUGUUGGUCUAUGCACUAUCUCAGAACACCUCUAUAGUGAUUGAAUGCUCUCCCAAUUUCAUGUCUGUUCAAUAACUCGACAUGACGGGGCCAAGUCUGUAUGAAAAAAUUGCUCUAUAAAAUUUUAAUAUCCAAAUGCAAAUAUUUCUGAUGAAAUUUUAUUUUCUGCUAACGUAAUAAAAGCUUUUUGAUUGGUCAAUCAACUUGAAAUCAACUGAUCGGAAAUUGGCAGCUUGCCACGAAUCAAGCUCGAAUAAAGUUAACGCUUAAAAUAAUUGAAUUUUAUUGACAAGGUUUUAGCUUCCUGGCAAUUAAGGGUCCUAAUUUUGAAUUUGUUUCAAUAUCUGCUGCGGUUAUGCAGUUUAAUCUAUCAUUAUGCACUGAACUACUCACUGUGUUGUGCUCUGUGACUCUGUUUAUAUCUUGGUUUGUUUGGCAUGGUAUUAUAGCUAUCGUGGAAAUUUGGUGAAAAAAUUAAAUUAGUUAUCUGCCAUGCAGACGAAAAUGGCCGAGGGUUUUUAUUGAGCAAGUUAUGUUUUAAUGAUUAGAAAAACGAAAAAUUUGUAGUAAUUCUCGAGAAAAUCUGGCGAAAAAGGGAUAAAAUACUCUAUAUUAUAUCACUGUAUAAAAUCAUUUUACCAAAGAAUGACAGAAAAAAUGAAUAAAAAAGGAAGCUAAAAUAGGAUAAUUUCAUGACAUUAAACAGGAGAAGGAGGGGGAUGAAUGUGAUUUUAUAUGUUAGCAGAAUUGGAAAUCGGAAUUGCAAUUGGAUUUCAUAACUUAUGGCGGCAAAGAAACGUUUUACCCGCACAUAGGCGCUCCGCGCUUAUAAUAGCGGCAAAUUCUUAUCACCAUAUGCAUGCAGCAUAAUAUGCAUGGCCAUGAACGAAAAGAGAUGAAAUCUCUAUGCACGCAUGUAUUCAACGACAAAGGAUGCAUCUAUUUUUCAAUUAGUGAAAUUCGUAAACAUGAUUUACUAAAAUAUUAUAUGUGCUUCAAUCUCAAUGUAAUAAUAUGCUAAAAUUUAGAUCAUAUAAUGGUGCACAGACCCGUAUCGCAUGAGCUUCUCCAUGGCAUCUGGAAUAAGACUCAAAAUAAUUCGCUGCUCAGUAAAUGAAAUAAUGGACACCGUGGUUUCUUUUAUUAUGCAUACAUCCUUACUUGUUAAUAUGGUUCUACUGUUAGGUGCGACUACUGAAAAAUUAUACUAAUAAUAAUUGUAGCAUUAUCGAAACCGUUUUUAGAACUAAUUGCUUGACUUGCUUUGGUUUCACUGUUGUUUUCUUUCUACUUUCCAUUGUUUCCUUGUCCUUUUCGGCAUUGUUUCCGUGCUUUUUUCUCUUUCUUUCUUGGCUUUUCGGUGUUUUUUUUGGGUGGUUCCAAUGUUGGCGGUGGAGGAGGUCCCGGUAUGCCAACGAAAUGGAUAACACAUCUCUUUGGAGGUUCUUUUGUGCACAUUAAAGGCAUGGUGCCACACGAGCAGUCAGAUGGCCCUGUGCAUGGUUGUUCGAACGUACAUCUGUCACUCUUGAGACAAGAAUGAAAAUAGGACAAUAUUAUUGUCAGGCUAUACUACUAACUUAAAAUCACAAGACUGACGAGAUCCUUUCUUCUUCCUGGUAAUAGAUUCAAAUAGUUUUCAAAAACGAGUUCCUUCGAAAUUUCAAACACAAGUUCCUUUAAUCAAAAUCUUUAAAGAUUCACUAAACCAAAAGGUUGCAACAAGGAUGAAAACAAUGAAUAACAUUUUGUUUAUUUCUUAUAUUUUAACGAGAUAUCUCUCUUUCUGGUAUUCAUCCUAUAAAAAGCAUGCAUGCAACGUCAGUCUUAGAUAUUUAAAGAUUGUUACAUACCAUGGCAUGGCCAAGUCCGAAUCGCCACUGCUGUGGCAGACAUGUUACCGGAUGUAAAAUAUACACCACCACAAAACAUACGAAAUAAAAUUUGCUUAGCUUCAUAACUGUUUUGCACAAGAAGAUUAAGUUUCAUCUAUAUACACGCUUUGAGAUGUCCGUCUUUUAUAACUGAAAUUUUUAAUAUUUGCCCCAAUUAUACUUAAUAAAUUGAUACAAAUAAUCCUUUUUUCAUUAAUACUGAAACAAAUGCAUGAAUAUAUACCCGGGAUGUCUGAAGCGAUUAAACAUAUUUUUAUAAACCGACAAAAAAGUAUCUUUAAUUACAACAAUUAUAUCAGUGUUAUUUAAAUUUAUAUUUACAAUAUUUAAUUUUGUGGACUUGCCGCGGAAAAUAAAUUCACCGGAAAUUUUCUUGGACCCUUGUGAUUAUGACCAAUGAUAAAUUAACCAAGAAAAAUGACAAUUUUCAUUGCAUAUUUCCUCAAAUCUGCAUGUGUUUGGACAACCAAACAGUGUCCUUUAAUUAAAACAAUAUAAAAAUUAUAUUUACACAGCACUUUAAAUACGCUAUAAAAUUAAUUUUAAAAUUGAUUGCAUGAUAUGGCAAUGCUUUUAAUUGGAAAAUGUAUAGUAGAAAAUGUAUUGGAAUAUAUAUAUAUAUAUAUAUAUAUAUAUAUAUAUAUAUAUAUAUAUAUAUAUAUAUAUAUAUAUAUAUAUAUAUAUAUAUAUAUAUAUAUGUAUAUAUAUAUAUAUAUAUAUAUAUAUAUAUAUAUAUAUAUAUAUAUAUAUAUAUAUAUAUAUAUAUAUAUAUAUAUAUAUAUAUAUAUAUCAGCCGGUAUAUAUCAGCCGGCCGCGGUGACCGGCUUUUCUGAAAUAAUUUCAUAAACUUUCAUUAUUCAAAAUUAUGAAAUGGAUAAAAUGUUUUCGCCCCGUUAAGUCCAUUUAAUUAUGUAAUAACAACAGUCGGGUAGGGAUAAAACGCGCGUCGGAUGUAUACGGACGGCAAAGAUGGGGGAUAAAACGCGGAUGAGGGGAUAAAACACGGAUGGGGGGAUAAAACACGGAUGGGCGGAUAAAACACGCAUCGGGGGAUAAACGUACCUGUGCGCGCAUUCAAUAAGUACGAAUUUUCGAGUACCUGUUGAACUGAGGAAGAUAAGGUAAUGAUUCACUUUAUUUACUUGAUACUUUUGAGAAUACAUAAUUUAGCGAGGAAGCUCGAGAAACAAGACACUCCACACAGAUUAGUUGCUUGUACUAUAGGAGCGUUUGAACCUAGCUUUUGCGUGUCUGGUUAACACCCGCUGUUUAUGCGGUAAAGAGAAAGCACUUUUAUGACGUUAUAUUUUCACACUUAUGUCGCUCUGCAAUAAAUUAUACGCCAUAACACGCCAGCAAAUUACAAGACGAAUACGGGUUUAUCAUUUGUGUUUAAAUUUUUUCUUAUAUAAUUAUUUUUUCAAAACUUUAAUGUUUACCACCGUACAAGCGAAUAAGAAUAUCAAAUACAUGUCAACACAAAAUCAGUAACGAAUUACUGGCAAUUUCAACUUGUAAACAUGGAAACGUUUUGCAGCCAUUAUUCAUAUGGUACAAUGCAUACACGCACGGAAAACUUAAAUGCUUCCAUUAAUUGGUGAUUCCAGCUAUGGACGAAAUUUUGAUACAAACAAGAAGAAUGAAAUCCAACACCGCACCUGGAAAGAGCAUCUUAUAAUGAGUAAAAGUGCAAAUUUUGUUUGCAAAAUGUUGUAAAAUGAAGAAAAUAUAGCCCUGCAUGUGAAGUUCGCAAAUUUUGUAUUUACGUGCAGUAAAAAUAACCACUUUCCGCUCAAAAAUGGUUAUUUUUGCCGCGCAUAAUAAAAGUUGCAAUUUGUAAAAUUAUUAGGUAUAUAAUUCUAAUUCCGCCAGGCCAUCGUUCUAUGUGCCAUCGACUAAUCAUGAGGGUUAUAUUCAUGAGCGAAGCCAACUGCGUCCAAAUAAACGUGUUUUUGUCCACACAUUUGAUUUAAUGUGUCGCGAACUUGCUUUGCAAACUUGAGCCCAAUUAUAUCAAAUCCUUUUCACUCCCUUUUUACGUGAAUGAAUGUAUUUGAAUCCAUUUGCUUUAAGAACGAGUUUAACUGUCUCAUCUGAAAGAUCUGUUGGUUAUACGCCAGCAAAAACUUUGAGUCGUUUCGUUUUAAAGUACCCGAAUUAGAAAUUUCUAAGCUCUUUAUUGAAAGUUUUAUAUAAAUGUCUAACAUUAUAUUAUCAGAAAUAUAUAAUAUCCAUAGGAACGGCGAAACCGAUCAAUCACCUACUUGUCUUUAUCUCUAAUGCCAUGCAGCUUUUAGCUAUACAUCCCUCAAACAACCACUUCCCUUUUUGUCACACACCUCCCACCCCCCAACUACUUUGACUACCACCCCCCCCCUAGAUACACAUUGAUAAAGAAAAAAUAGCUAAUUAACAAAAUAAUGUUAGCAGCACGUGUGAUGAGUUUACAUUUUCGCGAAACACGAGAGAUUUUGUGGGUGAGAUCAUUUAUAAGAAUAUGGGUUACGACAAAAAAGCCACACCUUACUCUGUGCGAAAAACGGUUCCGUUGACGUGUGAAACUUAGUAUGCGAACCCUGCGGACAUAAAUUAAAAGCGGGAAUUGCCUAUUCUUACGCGUGUACCGAUGUGCUUUUUAUUACAGAUUCAUAAACUAUCGUGUUAAAUAUUACAGAUUCAGUAUAUCGUUUAUUACAGAUUCAGAAUCUAUCGUUGCUUAAACUUGUUAGUUAUCUAGGUUAUUACUUAUAAAGUUUAUAAUGCAGUUAGUAUAGGUAAAUAUUAUCUUGAGUCCAUGACUUGAUUUUUUAUAUUCUUUUAUAUUCAAUAUAUCAUAUAGGAUGUAUAGACGUAGUAGGUAAGGGCUGUCCAAUUUGUCCAAAUUAUAAAUCUAUUACAGCAAAUUAUAUAUUAGAAGCAUCGAAUUUUAUGCUUUCAGAAUCAGUUAAUAAGUUUAUAUACUGUAUAUUGCUAUUUGAUAAAACCAUAUUUUAGUAUUUAUUCAAUUUACCUUGUAGAAUGUGUGAAAACUUUAAAUUUUACCCGAAGGCAAUUUGAACAGGUUUUGCAACUCUGCACUUUCGUUCUACACUGAAUCUAGUCGCGAUCAAAGCCUCCGGACUUUUGUAAACAUCGGAGUUUUUGAUAGCUCCACGAAACUUUUUUGUAUUUCCUUAUCGCCCCAUGCAGAGAGAAGUGCGAGACACUCUUUUUCUGACCAAAUUUCUCCCUUUUUAGCAACCAUUUCUUUAUUUAUACCAACGUAAACUGAUAAUAAAAUUGGCACGAAAGCUCGUAUUCUAGCCUGCGAAUUACAAUCGCCUGAUUUUUUGCCGAGACAAAAAAGGCCCGAGAACGAAUUUCGAUCGAUCUCCAGCAUCUUUUACGUUCGCAUUCAGAAAAAGGCAGGAUCGACCUCAAUCAGAUCGAUCCGACUGGACUAGAUCGAUCUGAGAUUGAUCUCAGUUUUUUCCUUACCAUUCAGACUAGGACCGCUUUAUUGAAGAUCGAUCUGAGAUCGAUCCAAAAGUGCAGUGUAAACGCGACCUUAGUAUUCUGAGUAUUUUAAAAUGUUUUGCGAAGCGUUAAUUUGUUGUUUAAUUUAAAAUUUGAAGAAUUGUGCAUGCGAUUGUGCUACCUUGUUACGUAAAAUUAUGUAGGUUUAAGAAUUAGUUUAUAGUGGGGGUAUGGUAACUGGACGACGCAAAGACCACAAGUCACCUUUGCUUCCAAAAAAGUUCUUCCAUUUAUGUAUACUGUAAUUUGCUAACAACCCAAACAGAAAGCAACAAUUGGGUGCCAUGCAGUAGCCUGCUUGCAGUCUGAAAUUACAAUUCAGUCUGAGAAAGCUAGAUGCCAGCAGUAAACAUUCCAAAUAUUCAUAUCAGCAUAUACUCGACCUAUGGUCUAUCAAAUUCCUACGCAUGUCUUUCUGUCACUCUGGAGCUACCGUAAAUUUACAUGUAUGUAAUCUUUGCAACCCUAGCCAGACAAACUCCACUAGUUAUGUCAAUAUACUUCUUUGUGUGUUUCAUAGAUCCUAUUGGGAAUAUUGAAUACAGGGUUUUGAAGUUCUCCGAAUAUGAAUAAUGCAUGAUGGUAGAAAUAUGAAUACUAAGAGUAGGACUAGGAAUAUAUUCGAAAUCAAAAUGGGAAUGAAUCAGAAUAUCAACCCCCUUCCAAGUUUAGGAUUUUUGAGAAAGGAAAAUGAAAUUGAAAGUUAGGAAUAUUAAAUUGUAAGGAAAAACUUCCUUCCCACUCCCAACGCUUGGAUAAAAUUAGCAACGUUCAUUUAUGAAUCAACUUCUACAUAUGAGGCAGAGGGCCAUCAAUUUUAUUAUUUACCAUUGGCAAAUCUAAUUAAAUCAAUUAAAAGACAAUAUAGCCAAAACAUAAUUAGAUGUCAUCUUUUUAUCUUGUUUUGUCAGUCGUGUAUGUACAAUCAUAUCUAUUUUUUUAGUAAUGCACCUGUUUGCUUAAAAACACAGGUAUCAGUGCCAGCUGCUAGCCAUGGCAACAGGUCGACCUGUGAAUUUUUUUAAAGAUUUGCAUUAUUCAAACCGCAGAUUUAUUAGCUUAGCAUCACCUGUUGCCAUGGCUAACUGAUUUUUAGCGGAGCAGGGGAAGACCCUUGCAAUCUCCAAGGUCAUUAAAAGAGGGCCCGCCCUUGAAUUCCAUUUCCUAAGCACCAGUUAAAGUAGCACUAUCAAAACUAGAUUAUCACCACGUAUAUAUAUAUAUACUCAUUAUUAUAUACACAAGGUCUGGAUAUGAGGUAUUCUGCAAUCUGAUUGGUUCUCUACUAGCUGGAUAUUAGCUCAUAUCCUACUAGUAGAGAAAAACAAAAUGGCGGCUCAAACUGAAUUUCCGAUUUUUGCGAACGAGAAAAAAGCAAGUUGUUCGCUUUUAUAGCCUUAGCAGGAGUAAAAACACAAUGAAAAAACUCGCACAAAUUGUUUACAGGUCAACAAAUGAAUUUUUAAUAUUUAAAAUGGUUAAAAAUAUAUAUUUUUGAAGAAAUAAUCCGCCGAAAGACGGCGAAGAAAAAAACAUAAACAAAAUAGAAAAAUAUUGAAAAUAUCCGAAAAGCAAAGUCGGUGAAUUCAGACCUUGUGUAUAUAAUAAAACAGUUAUUCCACUCACUCUCGUCGAAUAUGAGCGAUAGCCGAUUCGGCUAUCAACUCAUAUUCGACUCGAGUUCGUAGAAUAACUGUUAAUUAUUGCAAAGCUUUCCAUCUGUGAGCCCAUAUAAUUUGUUCAUACUAGAAUUGACAAUUUCUUUCUUGAAAUAAGAUCUAAAUCAGGUGUUUUAAAACGAAUCUUGUCUUUUCAAAUAUUGAUAAGAAUAUUGCAAAUAUCGUUUCUAUGUCAUAUGAUAUGCAUGAUUAGAAAUACGUAUAUAUGUGGGGAUCAAAAUAUUUUUCAGUAUUUUAUAUUCAUUGCGUUGUUACGGGGUCUAUUUUAUCUUGAAAUCAAAAUAAAAACUAGGACACAACCUUGACAGUUGAAAAGAUGAUGUUUGGUCGAGUUGUGUGCAGAUUAAAGGCGCCACUCUGAUGCUAGAAUGUUACGAGAGAGUUGUAAAAGAGCUUUGGCUCUACUUUUAGUAAGUUUUUAUGGUGCUAGUUUUUCUAGAUUAUAAUAAACUUAUUAGGGCCAGCAUUUUUGUCAAUAUUUAAUUUCAGUUAAAUAUCUUCAAGCGCUAGCAUCAAGCCCAGAUCAAACGAGAAUAUUGAUGAGACUAAUAGUCACGCAUUUUGUUACUGAGGACAUUUCAAGCUGUAGAUUGAAAAAAUAAAGGUUUAAUUUAGUGAGUUUUCCAACUGUAUUGUCAAAGCACAACUGUCUCUCAAAGAGUGGAAGUUCAAUCUGUGAAUCCCUUGAGUGUCAUUGCUGCUUUUGAAUAGUUGGAGGGUGAGUAGUCACGUAGUAAGGUGCGAGACUAAUCCUCCAGCUAUUUAAAAGCACCACUGACACUCAAGGGAAGCUGAAAUUGAACCUGCACUCUUUGAGUGUGAGUGAGCUUUUAGAAUACAAGCAGGCGUUAAGGGUGGAACAGCUUACCAGGGACAAGGUCGCGCGACUGACAAUUCUCCUUUGAUCCGCGGGCUUACGUUUAAACACAUUUUUGGCAUUUUGCGAGAGCUUUUUGUUCACAUCUUCCAACGGCGAAUUAUCACAGCACAAUGGUCUUUGAAUACUUAUCUUUUGUAGUUGAUUCUCCCCACCUAGCACCUCGGCAUCUACAGCUGUUUUCAAAUAUACAUCCCUGCUCAUAGAUUGUAAACUCCGGUGUUUUGUAUCGUAAGUAACGGUUUUUGCAUUUCAAGUAACGGUUGCUUCAUCUUUCAUUUUCAGGUGAUACAGUUUCAGAGGCUAUCUGCAACAGGUGAGUAGUUUCUUUUACAACAUAACUGUUUGUGUCAUGGUAUAGCUAAUUGAUAAUAACACUAUAACGCUGCAUGCGGAUCGAGAGGAAUUCAAAAUAGAUGCAUGCACAAAUACAUGUUUAGAAAUAUAGUGGUUUAGAAAUGCAUGCAUGAAGAAUCACCUCGCCUUCCUAGCAAAACCGUCAUAUGUUUAAAACAUGAAGUAUUUGAAGUAGUAAUAAUACCAGCGUAGGUACAUACUUGAUAAUAUUACACCAGCUAGAAAGCCGCGGCGGGAUUCAAAAUACAUGCAUACAGAAAUACAUAAGUGUUUGGAAUACAUGCACGCAGAAUCCCUUCGGAUUGAGAUGGAUUCAUAUUCAUGCAUAUUUAAAUACUUCAUGUCUGGAAAGUAUAGGGUUACUAGCCAGGUGAGGGGUGUCGCCAUGCAUGUAUUUCUAGUUCAGAAUGUCAAUUUUAAUGGUCUUGAAAUAUCUUCGAUUUUCAUUUGUAGGUCUUUAUGGAAUUGAAGCUGAUGGCGUUGACAGGAAGGACAAAUUUUCAUUGGAAAAAUCAUGGGAGAAGGGAAAAUUAAUAGGUAUGAAUUCAUUCAUUCUAUAUUCUUGUAAAAUUUAUAUAUACAAAUUGUACGGCCGAAAUUUUUCAUGUUAAUAAAAUAGCAUGCAUAUAAAUCAGAAAUAUUUGAUUUUGAGAUUUUGCUUCUUAAAUAGAGGAAAAUAAAGGAAAACCUGGCCUGGAAGAUAAAUCAAAUAAUGAGCUGUCUGCGCUUGACGGGCAACAAGUGAUGAAAACUCGUAUUAAAAGAUCCAUAAAUGGAAGUGGUAAGGUUGAUAACAUUUAAGGUAUGCUUUGUGCUAACUGACAAUUAACAAUUAUUCGCCGAAGGCGAAGUGAUUACCGGUAAAUAUUCGCCGAGACGAAGUCGAGGUGAAUAUUCACCGUAAUCACUGAGCCUGAGGCGAAUAAUUGUUUUAGUAUAAAUUUUUAAUGAAUAAAACAAAAUAUCCGAAAAUGAAUUCAAUUAAAUUUCAGAAAUAAAACAGUUUUCGGCCUAUUCACUAAUAGUGUUGCAGUGUUUCUUGUACGCACGCGCUUUCAAAAUGGCUUCUUGUGUGACAUUAUUGCUUUAUUAUACAAAGUUGUUUCUCUCGAAAUCUGCUUGGAAUAUAAACAACAACGGACUCUUUCACCAGACUGUUUAGCAUUAAUUUCUUCAGGAAAUGGCUGAGGAAUUUGGUAAAAUGGAAUGCAAAACUAUAUCGUUCGAAAUAAAGUUUUAAUAACACUUUUUAUAUAACUUUACAAGUUUCGAAAACACAAUUCAGCGGUCAGAACACCAUACAGCACAAUGAAAACAUGACAUAUCAAAAGAAAUAGUAUCCGCGUACAAAUUGGGAAUUCGAAAUCUAUAGCAUACAAAAUAAAAUGGAUUUUAAAGAAUAAAAUCACGGCAAGGUUUUUCCAAAAGUCGGGAAUAGUUGCUAUUUGUUUGAAGUGAAUGUUUCGGAGUUUUAAAUAAGUUUUAAAUUGACCGUGAAUAUGUUCGACACAGUAAAAUAAUAAAGGAAUCCUAGUUUUCAAGUUAAAUACAACAUUUUGUACUUCUUUCGUUUUCUGGGGACGAUUUUUGCAAUAUUUUGUCGAUUUUGAAACCAAAUUUGCCGAAUCAUGCUUUUUGAAAAACAUCAAUUACUACAGGUGGUAAAUAAUGUCUCAGAUUUUCUAGUCAACUAGCCAAUCAGAAUGCGCGAAAGCUCAAUUGAUAUACAAAAUUUAUACUAAUAAAUGAUUGUGAUUUUCUGGAAUGAAUUUUGUUGAUGUCAAUUGCCAGUUAUGCAUGCAGUGCUAGUCAAAAAGUCCUUUUGCGCGUUUAGUGAUUGAUACUGUAGCUGAUUUCUUGAAUGCACGUACAUAUUUAUGUGCCCUUGUAUUCGCAAUUUUAUGUUCAUAGCCGCCCCCCCCCCCCACCUUUUCCACCUUACAAUGUUGCAUAACAUUUCGAACGCCCUACACACAACGUUUUUGUACGGAGUUAGGGUAUAUAAAUAUGCUUUUUAAUUACGGUGAAUGUCCAAUUCAACACAGUGAUGUAAAGUGUGGCAAUAUUUUUCACGAAGACUGUGGAGAUGAGCCAAGACAAGAAUCUGUAGAGAUGACAAAGAACAAAUAAAUUAAAAUGCAUGCAAGAUUGGUCACCAUAGGCAAAUACAUAAAUAUUAUGUACGAAAUAGUUGCGUGUUUUAACAUCCUUUAAAAAUAUCUCAAGCGAAUUAAUCGAUUGGACUAUUGCAAUCCUUUCGAGACGAGUAGUUGCUAGUAGAGGAAAACGAAUAAAAUAGUAGCUGAACAUACAGAAAUACUACUAAUAAUGUGAUUUUCACAAACUUAGCAACGCAAUGGCCACAGAGUGUUAAGCUAUUUUGUUCCCUGCGAGGAAUUCGCUGGGAGUGUAUUCAAUGCUGCAGUCUAACCUUUUCAAUUUACCUUGUGAUAUGUACUACGCAUUGCCAAAUGUGCCAAUUAAUUAGGGUUUUUGGACUUGUAUAUAGCAAUCUCUUAUGUCUUUCAAAAUAUAUGUACCUACUGUAUGUAGUGUGUUAGAUUAAGGGUGUUAUAGACUCAUUGCGAUUAAAUUUAUACAUAUCAAAUAGUCUACAUUUAAAUCUUUUAUUGUUCAUAUAGGAAUGCAAAAUUACAAAAUAUCAAUAUACGGAAAGCAAAAUUGCAAAAAUUUAGCCUACACUGCUGUUUGAGAUUUACUGCACUAAAAUAAACCAAUCAAAUUCUAAUGGGUCAUUUGCAUUGCGACUGCGUAAAUUGUUUUUAUUCUCCUGAAAUUGAAAAUCCCUUUGUUCUCUUCGUCCGCACAGUAUGUGACGCAGUUGUUAUAGUAAGCACCUUUCACCUCUGAGAUCCUGAGUUUGAUUCACGCAAUACAGCUCAUACAUGUAAAAAGAGUCUGUCAACGCUCUGCCGAAAAUCGUGGGUUUUCUCCCGGCGCCCCUGUUUCCUCCCAUAGGUGCCCGUUGGCAGGGUGGGUUGGGAUAAACAUAGCUAUAGGAAAGCAAUGAUAAUAAUGUAAUGUAAUAAUCUAUGUAUCAUAUCAAACUGCAGGGACUGAUUCACUUGGCUUUAUUUUAUCGUUCUGCAAUGGACCUAAUAUUAACGGAAUAUAUUUUUUCCAGGAAGCUCAUAUCUUGUGAUCUGCGAUAAAGAUUUUAUUGAAGUUGUGGUUGAAAGGUCCGAAGUAAUAUCUUUGGACAUUGACAACAUUUAUCUUGAGGACGGUUUGUGUAAAGCAAGUUACAAUCAAACACAUGUGUUUGUGAAGACGAAAUUGAAUGAUUGUGGAACGAACUAUUCUGAAACAGAACAAGAAAUGUAUUAUAGCAAUGUGUUGACAGUAGCUGCUCCAAUCGCACCCGGGCCAGUCAUUACUAGGAAACAAUCAUUCCUGUUUAAUUUCAGAUGUGCAUAUAGCCGGUUAGUAACUGUCAGUGGUUUUAAAUUUACGCCUCCAAAGCAGGAAGUCAAAAUUAAAAAAAGUAAGUAACAUCAGUGAAGCACGACUGCACGAGCUGAAAGUGUGCGAUUGUUUAUAUACAUGUAAAAAUGUCUAUGUUUUAUACCGACUAUUUGAAAGACUGCAUGUAUUGUCGGUUUGGCUGGAAAAUAUGACUAAAACAUAUCAAAACCAAAUCUGUUUCAAAACUAAUUAAUUGUAUUAGUUGUAUUAAUUUCUCUUGACUUCGCAUCUGGAGCUAUAAAUUAGGUUGUUAAGGCCUAUAUAGGUAUUCAAAUUUACCCCAAAAUUUAACGGCAGCAGGGCCGCAGAGAGGGGGAGGGCGGUAGUGGAGAACUUUGCACCCAGCUCAAAAGGGGCCCACAAAUCAAGCAAGGUCCUUGAAAUUUCUUGACAGAAGAUAUCUUAUCAAUUGAAAAUAUAAAUCCUAGCUGUCUUACCAAAGUAACCUAAAAGAUAAGAAUCACACAUAAAAAAGAUAAACGAUAUAUUAUAUCCUAAAAAAUGUUUGGUUUUAAAUAAACAAAUCUACUUUCUUUUGAUUGUUUAUUGUCGGUAGCUGACUUUUGGAAUAUUCAUUUUAGGUAAUUUGGGAAACUUUACCGUUGUGAUGGGUUCGUACGCCGAUGACGGUUUCCUUUCGUCCACAUCCGAGCAGUAUCCAGCUUUUAAAAGUUUUGAAGACCGUAUCCACAUUGAGUAUGGUGUCAGCACCCGGAACGGGGAUAUCGUUGUAAGAGCCGAAACAUGCCGGGCGACACCGACUACCAAGCCAUUUGAUACACCUCAUUAUGAAUUCAUCUCUGAAGGGUGAGUUUUUCUGAACACAAGGGCUUGCGCAACAUUGAAUUUGGAUUUCUAGCCUAGCCAGUGGCGUGUAUGUUAAUCGACAGCUUCCUUUUAUUUUACUAUCUCAGAUUUACUAAAUUUGCGCAACGUCUUUGCAGCUCCCUUUGCAUCUGCUGCCAGAAUACGAAUGAGAUCUACAAUCUCUUGCAUGAGCCGUUGUUCUGUUUAUUGAAUUUAUCGAAAUCAGAUUAUAGAACUAUAUAUCGAGGUCACAACAUUACAAUUACAUUUAGCUCCAACAAGAGUACUGUUUUGAGCAUUUUAAAGUAAAAUAUUAAACAUAAGUGGUAUGUUUGAAGAAAAAAAACACGAUUUACCUCAACUGGGGAACUAGUAGCGCAAACACCUCUAGAUAGAAUCUCCCCGCUGUGGACUCAGAACACUUCUCUGAAAAGAGUCAACGCUGCAGCAAAAAUCGUGUGUUCUUUCCGGGUACUGUUGACAUGGUUGGUUGGGAUAUCCUUUGAGUAAACAGACCGUUCCGCCGCUGAUGUGCUCCGUAAUCAGACAUGAAUAGCAAGGUUGCUGCCAGGGGCGUGCUUAGUAAGCAUUCGACUGGAUCAGGUUCAGCUGCGUCUUUUAAGGUUACAGGACACCCUUUUUGGCGUUUCGUGGAAAAUCGCUACUGCGCGCUCAAUAUCAGUCCGAUUUUCAUCAAAUUUUCACCAGAUGUUCUCCAGUGCAUGCAAUAUAUGGCAAAGUUGUAAAAUUAACAAACAAUAAAAUAAUGUAAGAAUUAUUCAGGAAAAUCUUAAAUCGUGGUACCGUUACGGUUUUGAGUUGUGCUCCUGCUGGUUUUAAGUUAUAUUUAUGAAAAUAUCAUUUUUAUACAGUAAAAUAGUUGUUCUAAAAAAUUGUGUUCGGAAAUUUUUGUUUAUUUCGUCAUUCCGCUGAUAUGGCGAUUUCUUUGACGACUGCAAUAUAUUUCUGAGUUGUUUGAGUGAAUUGCUCUUUAUUUUUAAAAUAUCCAAAAUUUAAAAAAAGCCGAACACAAUUUUGAAACUGACGUCUUUAUUUGAGAAAAAUUGGUUGAAACCCGCAGGAGCACAACUCGUUUGAAAAUCAGUAAUUACCGUAAACUUUUUCGGGAGAAAAUUGAAUUUGAAUAUUACGUUUUCAAUGUUUUUCUUAUUGCAGCGAAAUGUAUUUUAUUAAAUAACUCUGCGAGUGUUCAAUAUUUUUCGUUCAAACUUGGUAAGAUAGUAGAACUAAUCUAAUGCUUUCAUGGAAACCAAUAAAAAAUUUUAGGCAAAAUUAACACUGAAAGGUGUUCUGUAACCUUAAUUAAUAAUUAAGGUUUGCUCUUACCUGCAAUUAAGGAUGACUAGCAAACAACCACAUAUUCUCUGAAUGUUAAUUUAUUUCUAGCUGCGAUAAAGACACGACCAUCACCCACCAUACACACGGUUUGUCGCCGCGUCAUGCAUUUAGUAUCAAAGUUUUCAGAUUCGUGGCCAAUCACAGCUUUGUUUACAUCCAUUGUGACAUAGGACUGUGUAACAGGAACAUAUCAGACUCGGUUUGUGCUCGAAAUACUACAUGUUCAAACAGAAAGCGUCGUGAGGCAUCGUCAUUUGAUGCUACUUACCGCACUUACCAACUUUCUAUUGGUCCUAUUAUGUAUCGGGAAAAGAUCAACAACGAAAACAACCAUGCAGGUUAGUCUUUUGAUACAUUUUUAAGUUUUAUUACUUCCAUAAAGGACACACUAAAGCCAUGUAAACAUGUAAGUUCCUUAAUUAACUUUCUUCCCAUUCCUGUUUCAUUUUAAUUUUGAUGUGAUCUGGGGUUGCUCCGCCACAGCCUCUUCGCUUUUUCGUCUCAGACUCUUUUGCCGAUAAAUAUUAAUUUACCCAUUACUUCCUAUCAAUUUAUCAACGAGUGUCCCCACCCCCACGCCAAACUCGCGCCACACCUAGCGCCGCUGGAACGCCCCAUGCAUAUAGGGAUAACAAUUAUAACAACUACUUCGAAAUUUCAGGAUGGAUGAACAGGAAUGAAUGAAUGAAUGAAUGAAUGAAAAACUUUAUUUUACGAGGGUAGCACAUAAUAGUGAAUUCACACUAACAAACCUGUGGCCCUCAGAUACAAUAAAAUAUUACAAUAAUACAUAUUAGAUUAACUAAACAAUAUAUACAUAAAUAAAAUUUCUAAAAUACAAAAUUAAUAGUUUGAAGAUAUUGUAGUAAAAGUAGUGAAAUGUUUAUGUUCUUUCUGAUAUUCUAAAAAUAUAUUAAUAAUAGACUGUUUAAAUGUUUUGGCUGAUGCAAUGGAUCUUAUGUUCAGCGGUAAACUGUUCCAAAGUUUACUUGUGCAUGUUGAAAACCUUUUACCACCCUCAGUUUCACGAUAAUAUUUCGGCGUUCUAAAUAACAGUCCUGCACCACGUGUGGAACGAGAGUGCACUUCGUUAUUCAAAACCAGCAAACUUUCAUAUAUUCUGGUCCCUCACCAUUAAUACGUUUAUGCGCCAACAUGCACCUCCUGAUAUCUGAUUCGACAUAAAAAGGAAUCCAAUUAAGUUGAUUGAAUGCAUCAAUAGACGGAUGCCGUGGUUCCAAAUUUAAAAUUAUUCUGGCGGUACGCUUCUGAAGCUUGAAAAGUUUCAAUAUGUUGUCUUGUCUACAAUUAGACCAAACAACACUACAGUACAUGAACAACGGCUUGAGCAUUGCAUUAUAGAACAAGACUCUUUCAGGAAUUGCAAGAUAUGAGCUGACUCGCUUCAAAAUUCCAAGUCGAUUUGAAAUUUUCUUUGAAGUAGAAUUAACGUGAUUAUCAAGCGACAGUUCUGAAUCAACUCCCACACCCAGAAGUUUAGCGUUACUCACUUGAGAAAUGUUUGAGCCAUUUGUUGAGCCAUUGUUUGAGCCAUGAUCACAAGGUUAUAUCUAAUGUGAUUUUGAAUUCCUUUCAACUUUAUUUUAGCAGACGAGACUGAAUCCAGUCCACUGGGAUCAACGAUGAUAGUCACAUUGAUUUGUGUUGCACUUGUUAUCGUGUUGUUAUUCAUAAUUGUCGUGCUUUUGACGAGAAAACACCGUGGAACAAAUCGCGUAACCUCACUUGAAGUGAAUCAUAUGCAAUGUCCUGCAGUUAAAAUGGAAGCAUCUGCCAAAGGAAGCAUCACCGAAAAAUAAUCUUGGUAUCUGUUAACAUUCAAGCUUAAUACGUGAUUGUAAUAAUUGAUUGUGUGACGUUUAUAUUUAAUUUAGUGGUCUGUACCUCUUUUACUCUUCUACAGAAGACGCUCAUUUGAAUUAUUUCUUUAAUUUCUUCAUUUCAGUAAACAAUGUUUGUAAUCCGUCCUUGUUUAUUAUGUAAUUUUAGCACGCGCAGCAACCAGCAACCAACAAGCCUGAAUUCGAUUCAAUGUAUCUUCUAUACGGUAGUGAUUUACUAUAGCUUUAUUUUUUAUUUGUUACAUGCAGCCAAUUAAAUUGCACAGUUUGAGACUCUACCGGAUUGGCGUUUAGCAAUGCAUGCAUUCACAAAAAUUAAUUAAGCGUUGCAAUUAUGACAUUAGUACAUUCAUGAACUGAAGAGUACUAAAUCGAUCAAACUUGUCAACUUUCCCUUCCCCAAUAUUCCCCGAGCUAACGUUGCAAGUUCCGACGAAUCUAAAGUUCGUCAGUAAUCGCAGGGGCGUGUAUCUGUUUCAUCGUGCGUGGGUGGCGAUCCUUACUGAUGUAAAAAAUAUGGCUGUUUACUUGGCGUGGGAUAAACAAACAUUUAUAUUUUCAAAAAUAAAUAUUUGGAAUAUUGUUUGAUACACUCAGCUUUCAAGCAAAUCUGCUUUGAAUAAAUAAGAGUGAAUUAUUGCUAGCCGGGGCAAGUUUGCUUUGACUGUUUAAUGUUUACGGAUUUUGUUGCUUUAGUUUUUUGCGUAAAGCAUACACAGCUUUCCAUUUCAAUACAGCUGUAAGUUUCGUAAAUUUGUUACCCUAAACGUAUUACUUAGUAUAUGCCACUGGGACCGUAUUUGAUCUAGAUCAACCGAAAUCGUGGAAAAUAAUAUUUGAGAAAUGCCUUUUUAAACGAGACAAGUGAACUUUACAAAAAACUGUUGCUUCCAGGCUCAUAUGAGCUAGUUUGAGUCUGCUUUAAGUUUAAAUGGAUUAGUUUGUUGUGUCUGUUUUAAUGCACCUUUUCGAUAAUUAAGUCAACCGGUCCGAUACUUUUUCGCCCUGGCUCUCAUGUAUAAAUCAAUACGAGGGAUAUGUUGGCUAAUAUUUCAUCGGAACAGGGCUGACACACAGGGCUCUCACGUACGCAGGCGAAGGAUUUGUGACGUGCUGUUGAAUGAGUGUAUCGUGUGUACGACAGUAGAUGCACGUAUGUUUUACAUCGUGCAUGUAGAUUGAAUGUGUAAACAAGGUCAUCAACGUAUUGGCUGACGCUGUGUUGAUGUUCCUGAGCCGUUUUGUUCUUGUGAUUGUUUUAGUAUUGUUGGACAGCAAAGCUUAAUAUAUAUACCUAAAUAUAAAUAAAUAAAUACCCUGUUUAGUUUAAAUUAAGAAAAGACUUAAGCUACGGAUACACGGGCAAUACUUUUCUGGCGAUGGCAAUGCCGCAAUGGUGGUAAAAUCGUUGCAUUGCCGUCGCGAGAAAGAAAUUGCUUGUGUGUCAUGCUCUGCGACGGCAACGCAAAGCUGCGCGAAAUCGUUGCCGAAAUUUCAAAUCAUUUGAUUUUCGGCAAUGGUUGCCGAAAAUUGGGAGGUGUGGUCAAGGAAGGUCAAGGUUGAUGAAUGACACGUUUCUUGACCAGCCAAUGAAAGCGUUAUGAAGACAUAUAUUGCAGGUGAAAUAUUGCAGGUGUAGCCACCUUGUGCGACGGCAACGCAAUGCUGUUAUCACCCAUUGCGUAACCAUCGCAGCAAAAAUAUUGCUCGUGUAUCCGAAGCUUUAAAAUUCAAAGGAGAGCAAAUUAAAUUCAACACCAAAUCUAAAUUACUCAAUAAUUUUAAAAUAUACAUGAAUAAAAUAAUUAAUUAAUAAGGCUUCAAAAAACACAACGCGGUAUUUAGGUCACAUGCAUGUGCAUACGUCUUGUAAACCGCAUUAAUUUCAAAAUCAGUAUCUAAUGUUUACAACAUGAGCUGCCGUGUUGUAUCGCAUAUUUGUAUCCACAAAUAGCAAUUUCCAAAUUCGUUAUUGUUCGAGUGACGGAUAGGAAACUCUCCUAAAACAUUACUGUUGGUUAGUUGGGCAAAAUUACAAUACACACGUGACGGUGAAGAACCAGAGUUAUGAAUAAACGUUGACUAACAUAGAUAAUGAGUCAUAUUGUUAUUCUAAUGAGUUUCGCAGACAUCUUCCCUUCGAUAGGCUAUGGUUACAGGUAUAGGGAUGUUUAUGAAAGUUACGAAUACUAAAUCAGAAGCCGAUAUGUUUAUGGAAGUUAUCAAUGAACAUUAAUUCAGAUUUUAAAUGCGCUGUAAUGAAGCGUGAGGUUGUCCCCUUGGAUAGUGAAUACUAUUAAAAUGAACAAAUAAAUUAAUUUUACAAGGACGUUAAAAUAUUCGCAACUGAUCUUCAUGGCAUUUAACAAUUUCUCGUGCAUGUGUAGACAAAAGCAACUCUGUUGUCAAGAGGAUAAACAAAUCUAAUCCACUUGCAUGGAAUUAUUUUAUGGACCUAGGAAGCAUCAAAAGAUAGGUGGGGGGGGGGGACACCUGUUCCAGGGGCAUCUUUGGAUAUGGAUCCUUAUCAAUCUAAAAAAAAUUCCCUGAAACAUUGACAACCGGGGGGGGGGAGAAAUUUUCCUCUCAUACCAUACCGAAAUUGCACUUUUUGACCAAAUUUUUUUUUAAAAAACAUCGAAAUUUCCAAACAAAAAGGGCACCUUUGACGUUAAUUUCAAUGAUUUGGAUUCUUUCGGAUACCCAAUACUGUGCAUAUAUAACAGGAUUUUGGGCAUCUCACUCGGCAUAACUAUAACUGUAGAUCUUUAACGGAUGUUCUUUAAUGGUAAAUUUUGACAUUUAUUAGACGACGUCUAACCAGGAACAGUUGCGAAAAAUGCAACUAUCGACCCUCUGGCAGUAAUCAACCUGCGGCCCUCCGGCGAUUCCGCGGUGGAUGAUAAUAAAUGUACUAGAAAAUACAUGCAUGCAGAAACCAACAACAACAGCAACAACAACAACAACAACAACAACAACAACAACAACAACAACAACAACAACAACAACAACAACAACAACAACAACAACAACAACAACAACAACAACAACAACAACAACAACAACAACAACAACUAUUUAAUCCAUAAAUAAAACAUACAUACUUACACAUAAAAUAAAUUUGCAAUACCUAGGACACUGACUUCCCAAAAUAACCACAAAGCUAAAGAUGCUGGGAAGCCAGUUUACAAGUUGAUUACUAAAUUACAUAAAGCACUCAUACAAACAUAUAGCAAAGAUUACAAUUAUACUGUAUGUACACACAAAGACAGACGACUUAUAUAAUACAAAAACAUGUACUGGAGUUUUUUUUUGUUAUUUUUACAAAAUUAAUAUUUACUUAUAAAAUCUUAAUUGUUUUAUAUAUUUUUUGAAUUUUUUAAAUGAAAGAGACUUAACAUGAAAAUCAAUUGCAUUCCAAACUAUAGGUCCUUGAAAUCGUACGUUGAAUUUACCAUAAUCUGUUCUUAUUUUUGGGAGAUAGUAAAACUGUAUAGCCAGUGAACGUGUAUUAUAAUUAUGAACAUUUUCCACUGGCGUAAAAAACAACUCAAAGGCAGGAGGUAACAUCUGAUGAUGAAAUUUAAACAUAAUUGUUAUAUAGCUAGCGUGAACACCAAACGUGAUUGGCUGAUUUGUUUGUCACGUGACUUCAGAUAAAUGCAAUGUUUCCCGCCGGGCAACAAGUGAAAAAUUGUUGCCCGCCCCGAGCCCCCGACCGGCCACGUACAUAAAUAAACAAAAUGGAGGCACAACUCAGAUAGUUAGAAACUACGAUUUUCCAAGUUUGUGUUCAAAUAAAGAAUAUAAAAGAGAAGAAAAAUACACAACAGGCAACAGGAUAUGCUGCUGAAACCGUUUAAGUAGGUUCUUUUAAUUUUAAACUCGUUUACACUAUAGAGUUUUCGUCACGAAAUACAAUUGUUGUAUGAAUUUUGUUGAAGUUGAUUUUUGUUCGUCGCUAUAUAAUAAAACACUUAAUGCCUGUUCCCUUGGGAAAUAGUUAGUUUUGUUUUCCCUCGAAUCUUAAUGUUUCCCUCGACUUCGUCUCGGGAAACAUUGAGAUUCUCGGGAAAAAAAACUAACUAUUUCCCUCGGGAGCAGACAUUAAGUGUAUAAUAUUGCAAUAUGUAGGGUGACAAGAUCACACAGGUUUAUAAUCUUCAAUGAUUUAAAUAUUGGGCUAGAGUGCUCAUCGAAUUUAGAAAAAGUUAUAAUGCGGAUAGCCGUUUUUUUGCAACACAAAAAGUGGCUGAAUAGUUGAAGGAUAAGUAUUUCCCGUAAUUAUCGAGAAUAUUACAAAGGGAUAAACCAUAGCAUAACACAUAGUUAUCAAUGUAUUAGUACUAACAAAAUAGCGCAACUUAGAUAGGACACCAAUGCUUCUCUUAAUUUUUUUGCUAUAUAUUCAAUCUGAGGUUUCCAGCAGAGUUGUGAAUCAAUAAGAACGCCUAAAUACUUAAUGCAAUUUUUUUGUUCCAAUUGAAUAUUAUUCAGGGUUAACUGAAUGUUAGAGUGUAACCUUCUCUGAGAUGGAUGGGAAAUAACAAAGUUUGAUUUUUCUAUAUUUGAAGACAACCGGUUAGCACAAAGCCGAAUGUAAACCUUAUCUAUAACUCUUGGUUUAGGUUAGAUUCUAGAUUUUCUAAACUUGCAUUUUUAUAAAAUAAGUUGGCAUCGUCAGCAAAUAAAUGAACGUCAAAUAAAGAUUAAGACUGAUGAAAAUCGUUUAUAUAGAUCAAAAACCAUAUUGGACCAAGAACAGAUCCUUGAGGUACACCGCAGGAAAUUGUUGAUGGGUCAGAACUUAUGUUAUUUAUUUUAACUAUUUGUUGUCUAUCAGAAAGAUACGAGGUGAACCAUUUACUUGCUAAUCCUCUAAUUCCAUAGUAAUUCAACCUUUCUAUUAAAAUCUCAUGGUUUACUGUGUCAAAAGCUUUACUAAAGUCCAAGAAGAUUCCAAGCGAAUAAUCAUGUUCAUCAAUAGCUCUUUGUAUUUUAUCAGUUAUUUUAAGAUUAAUGGCAUAUUCUGUUGAAUAAUUUCUACGAAAACCAAAUUGGUUCGCAUAAAACACGUUUUUCUUCUUGAGGAAGUCAAGUAAACAGUAACACAUAAGUUUUUCUAAAAGUUUAUUGAAAACAGAAAGAACGGAAAUUGGUCUAUAGUUACAAAGGCUGGAUGGCGAAUCCUUCUUAUAUACUGAUAUAACAUUGGCUAUUUUAAAACUUGUUGGAAUAAUUCCUGUCUCAAAUGAAGUGUUAAAUAAAGUUGCUAAAGGCUCGGAGAUUGCAAAUUUAAGGAUUUUGAGAAUGUGAACAGGUAUACUAAAUGGGCCGGCGGCCUUGCCAUUUUUAAGCUUGGAAAUUUCAGUCACAAUUUCGUCACUAGUUACUCGGAACAUAAAAAAGCUAUUUUGUACUGGGGUUUUUAAAUAAUCUAGAGGCGAGUUUUGAACAUUAAGUAUUACAUUAGAUAGAUUAUUACCUAUAUUUGAGAAGUAAUUAUUGAAAGCAUUAGCAAUCAUCUUUGGAUCAGUUAUUAGUUAGAAACCCUCGCCAUACUGAUAAAACAUUAUAUUUUCUGAAUAUGAAGAGUUGAAAGUAGUUCUCAUGGUAACACGAUAAUUUUAAGAAUAGUUUUAAAAGUGAAAAAGCCCCCCAAAAUAUCACUUUUAAUAACAAAAUUAUCAAUUUCCCAAACAUAUAUAUGCUAGGUAUGUUAUUAUAAGUAAUAUAAGCUUCAAUUUAAUGUAAAAUUCAACCACAAAUGCUUCGCAAAACGUUUUAAAAUCUUCUUAGAACUGAACGGCCUUUUAUCGAAGUAAUGGUAAACAUUGAGUUUGAAAUAAACUGAUUUCAAAUUCUCGCAUGAAGAAUUAUAACUUUGCUUUCCUCUUUAUUUAAAGACCAUGUAAUGUCCGUUCUGCGCAAGCUUACAUUCCAAUGGUCGGGACCCGACCGUUGGAAUGUUAGUAAUAUUUCGUAUCUUUUGAACUUUCUCAAUUGAAUCUCUAGUCUGUAUUCAUUUACAAGCAUAGCGAACGAGAAGAGUGUUAAAAAUUCAGUAUAAUAUAUAUCUAAUCCUAUUUUAUAACUGUAGCACUGAGUUCAAAAUGUAAACAAAGCGUUUGUUUACAUUACGGACUUUACAUGGUCUUUAAAUAUUUUAAUAUGCAAAAGAAAGGGUAAUUAAUAAAACUACACUGAAAUUAUAUAUAUGCUGUCUUUUUUCACUUAUAUACGCAACGACGAGCGCAACGGUAGUAUAUCAGUUCGAUUAUCGCAGUAUCGCCCAUCACUAUAAGUUAUAAAUAUAUAAAUUAUACUAAAACAAACAAUACAUCAAUAUUUAUAACAAACUUCCCAGUCGGCAAAAUGACGUUUAUCCAACGUUGAAUCAACGUUGGAAAUGACCUUCCAGACGUUGGAUAGACGUUGAAAAAGGGUUAACUAUGCAAAUUGGAUCGACGUUACUGCUUCGACGUUGAAACAACGUUGAAAUUAGGUUGCCAAUCUCGUCAACCAUAAUUCAACGUUGAAUCCACGUUAAAACAACGUUGAGAUUGGUUCACAAAUCGACGUCGUACAUUUAACCAUGAAUGAACGUUGAUUCAACGUCUGUUGGCUGCUGUUGAACCAAUGUUUGUAAAACAACGUCAGAGCAACGUAGAUAUUAGGUUGUCGACGUCGCAACCUUUUUUCUACCAAAUUUCAACAUUGAAACAACGUCGUGUGCCCGGUGGGUUACCUUUAUUAACGUUGGCGACUUUGCUCCAUUCUUUUAGAAGUUUUUUGUACGUUUUUUGGCCCUCAGAAAGGUUUUGAAAUUUUCAAAAUCUUGCAAAAAUACAACUUGAAAGAAAUGUUUGUUAUUUCGCUGUCGUCAAUGCAGUCGUUAUAAUGCCAAUUUCAAAUUUGACCAAUCAGUGUUCACUAUUCACAACAGUUCGCUACAUAGUUUGAAAUCAGUGAGGAUGACCACCCAUGAACGGUGAGCCGGUUUCAGGGUUAUUAACCAAAAGAAAUACUUCGUAUUCGUAGAUUUCAGACACAGUAUAGAGUCACUGGACAA